AUGUUCUUCGGACAACAAUCAGGCCAGACCGAUGUCAUAUUUCCUCCCAGGGUUAAAGUUAAAAUGAAUGUUUUCACGCUCUUGUGUUGUUCCUCUAUUAAGCUACCUUUUCCUACAUUACUUGUGUCCCCAGGCAUCGACGAGUGCAGCACUGGAAGCUAUGUAUGUGACAUGAAUGCGAACUGUACUAACACUGACGACUCUUAUAUCUGCGCCUGUAAGGAAGGAUACACCGGAGACGGGCAUUCAUGCCAAGGUAUAAUCACUGCAUUCGACCUAGCAAAUAGCAGAAUAAAGUUUCUCAAAAAUAAAAAAAAAACUCUCUCCAUUAAACUUAAAAAUUUAAUGUUUGUCUCCGUGUCAAGUAACGUUUGGCAAUUGAUUUUUGUUCACAGAUGUCAAUGAGUGUAGCAAUGGCAACCAUGUUUGCCAUGUUAAUUCAAACUGUAACAAUACAAAUGGUUCUCAUAUUUGUACUUGCAAAGAAGGAUACACUGGAGAUGGGCAGUCAUGUCAAGGUAAAUAAGAGUAGCCCACACUAUUUAAAAUAAGCAGCUUUGCUCAUAAGCUAUCGCCCAUGAAAAUUAGCCCUGAUUUUAGAGGCCUGCACAGAAAAAGUGAGGAUGUUACGGUGACACCAAGGGCAGUGUAAUUAUAGACCAUAUUGGUGUUGACACGACACUAACCAGGUGUAAUUAGAACAUUACACCAAGUUAGUGUUAAGGAACACCAACUAAAGUACUGUAUAACACCUUGCUGGCGUUUUUUAACCCUUUCGCUAUGUAAAGAAAUCCCCUGCAAGGGUUCAAAACCACCGGUUUAUAAAGUCACACUGAGUGGUGUAAGUGUGUGCAAUUCAGUGUUAAAUAACACCAAACAAGUGUGAAAUGUCUUAAACGCUGGGUUUUCUUUUUCAAACAGAUCUGAAGUAGAAUAAUGACGUAUAGGCUGAGAAAUCACAAAAAUAUUCUUGACAUAGUGAUUCUAUUUAUCUGUUAUUACAACGGAAACACACGCCUGAACUACGUAAAUCCAAGACUGACAUGACUUAUUCGUGAUUUACUAAAAUCCUAAGCUAUUUCCUGUCAACUUGAUUUUAACAGCUGUUUCUCAUUAUAGACCGAUCAACACUUCUGUAAUUUACACCCGCACGCAAUAUUUGCUGCACGAACGACACAUCACGCAACGUCACAGGAUGUUCCACCCCAAACGGGCACGCAGAAUUUCCCUUGACAAUUCCUUAUUUAAUUAUUUCAGACCAUUAUUGAUUUUCUCUAUCACGAACAUUCUCACUACAAGUCUGCCAUUACCGUGCUACGUUCAAUUAUACACUUAAAUCUUAAGUAACCCAACUGUCAUGAAACCCUGAGCUUAAAGGGCAUGUAAACCCAAAAAUACAUGUUUUUCUUAUACUCUGUAAAAAGUGGCGUAGAAAACGAAUUUGAAAUUAGUUUUGUCCAAUUCGACUUAUUUUAGGAGAAAAUCGGCAUUUUCAACUGAAAUUCCAUUUCCGGUAGAAACAAUAGCGAGAAGUCGUGACGUAAGCGGUGGAACCAAAAUAUUGCGCAACACAUAUUCCCCAGUAGAACUGGUGUGGGAGUUCGUGUAAGUGGCGGUAGUUCGGAAGAUGUUUUUUCAGAAGAUAGCUUGAAUGCCUUAAGCUUAAAACAUGACAGCGCUGGGGAUAAUCCAGAAUCUUCAGGAGAGUCUGGGCCACGUCCUUAACAAUAUGAGCCGCGUAGAGUUCACCGAAGCGAUCCGCACGAAGACAGUCUCAGCCAGUUUCCUGGCAGGAAAUUUCGCCUACAGAUAGCUUGUUCGUUGGUGUUGGGGAUAUCUCGGCAAACACUUUAGGGUCGCUGUGCUAUCUUGUGCGGUAAACAAUAUCCUUCAUCUCAGAAGCAUUUCCAUCGAUAAACAAGUUGUAUCAUGUACAGCUCAGCGCUGGCUCCCGAACAACUGGCUUCCCCAUAAUAUUUCAUUAGAUGAGAAAAAAGAUGUUUUUAGAGAACCAAUAAAGCUAUUGUUGUUUAAUUAACGAAACGUUUUCGUGUAAAUCGAUUUUGUACUUUCUCUGUUGACCUCUAACUUUUGAAGAACUCAACUUCUUUCUCAGUUCGGUCGGCCACUUCCGAAUCCUCGUCGUCUGCCGACUGUAUGGGUCGUUUUUAUACUUGCGAACAAUUUGCUUCUGGUGAGGCCUGAAUCGUCGGUACAACACCAGGAAGAAAAAUGACUGCUACAAACAACAGAACGUUCGAACGGCUCGACGAAAUCGGCUAUUUUCACUUGAACAAAUUUCACAAACUGUCGCUUCAAAUUUGCGUCAUUUGGAAAUAUUUGCAUUGUAUGCCCAGUUUGAAAGUUUUUUGGGUUUACAUGCCCUUUAAUUACUAAGUUAGAAAAUAAAGUGUCACGCGAUACGCUUACAAGAUUAUCACAAGUUUCUUAUCACCCGCAGUCUUCUCGUCCAAUCAGAGAAUAGCGAGGAAGAGUUGAAAGUGACGGGUGUUGGUUUAGAGAAUUCACAUCGUUGUCGGACAGUUCAAACGGACACUAAAUUUUAGAGAAGUCAAUUUGCUCCGCGGUCUAGGUAUUUUUACGGACAGAAAACACUUUAGGAAUAUGAAUUCAGUUAUUUUUUUCUCGUGAUGAUGUGAUGGAAUGGAUGAAGAAAGAGGGAUUUCAAGGAUUUGUCGAUGUCUUCUUUGGUAGGCCGAUGUUCUAGUCACGUUUCAUGAAGUUUUUACAGGCCAAGGCAACUCCUAACUGUUACCAGUAAGGACGUUUGAUGUAGAUGUACUCCAGAUAACUUUUCACUUGUUUGAAGAUAAGAAUUCAAACGACUGUGCAAUUACUCUAGGAACAUUUGCUUGAAAUGCACCGUGACACUUACGUAUCUUCUCCACAAACCGAAAAUACAGUUUUGGCGCCAAAUGACAAUCACCUUGAUGGUUAUGGAUACUUUCUUUUCAAGUUCUUAUCUUCUUUACUUGUUUUGCUUCUUUUUCUGUUUGGUUUUUACUUUUUCUUGAACAUCAAGAGACGAGUUAGUUGAUGGAGAAGCUUUAUUCUGCAUGAACGAAGACACAGUCUGAAAAGCCUCGUGCCCCCAGCGGCUGUCCGUGCUAAACUACUUGCCAAGAUCGAAAAGCUCAAAGCGAGCAAGCAGUCGUCGUUUCCGUUGCCUGGAAAGACCAUUGAGAUUGCGGAGAAUGAACCACUUGUGCACGGUACACCAACUUGCAGCAAAAACCUGGACGAUUCAAACGAUAUAGCUCUGGCGAAGAAAGGUAACGAUUUAUAGUUGACUAAAAACUAACUAGAGUACAAACUGCCUGAGUCAACAUGACCUUAACAGAUACAGGACGCAAUAUUCCAAUAAAGUACUGCUCUAUAUCUAAGGCAUAUUAGGUGACAAGACAAAGAGCACCGUUUGCGGUUCGUGUUUUCAAUUUAUAUAUUCGCGAUUUAACUUGUUCCUCUAAAGGCAAGAUUUGUGCAAUAUUUCGUAAUAACGCUCAUUGUGCUGACGUAGGAACCAUUCUCAGGCAUAGAGUUUUAAAAAUUCCCUUAAAGUAGCACUCCGCUGCUCUAGGAACUAUAUCAAUUAAUCACUCCUUCAUUAUACAAAUUUAUUGACAGUUUUUCUAUAGCCCGAGUGUCUACUUACUUUAGACUAUUUUCACUGUAACUUCUGGUUAACUUUCACCGAUUUCAAGUUUCCCUUCUAUUUUUGGAGUAUGAUUGAACAGAAUUUCUAUGGUCACUGUUAUCCCCAGCCAUUCAGUCAUGUUGUGGACUUCCAUAGUUAUGUAAAGCGGAUUUUCCGCUUUUUACUAGCUCCAAAGUUGAGUUGAUUAAAUAUUUAAUACCGCUCAUUACUUGGAACGUGAAGGGAACCAGCAGGGGAUGACAGGUGGCUAACAAAAAAAAAACCAACAACAACAAAAACAGCAAAAACAAUUUUUCUUCCAUGUUUCUUUUGAAGUGGAACUGUUCAAGACAAAACUUGGAUAAGAUCCAUGGAGGCAAAAUGACGCCAGAGAUUAGCUAGAAAUAAGAGAAAACGGACAGAAAAAAGGAAACUGGAGAAAAAUGCAGUUUAAGUGUUAAAACAAGAAAAAUACAAAAGAAAGGCAGCAGAGGAGAAAUUGCUUUACACCAAAAAAAAGGAGGAUAAAUUUUACCAAAUGUGGCGCCGAGUAGAGCGAGAAAAAGAAAAAUCACUUCAGUCCAAGAUGUCUCUAGAAAAGGAAUAAAGCGAUAACCGUUCAAAGGGUGUUGUUCCCAUUAAGACAUUACUGGAUAUUCCCGGGGAAAUUUUAAAUUUGGAUUGCAUGAUUCAAAUGCUACCUUGGGAGAAGGAAAGUUUGGCCAAGUAACACUUGCCUCCUACAAAGGGUUACCUGUUGCUGAGAAGCAGUUCAAUGCUGCUGUCUUACAAGCAGAAAUAGAACAUGAGGCAAACAUUGUUUCUUCUUUCAAGCACUUAAAUCUACUAGUUUUCUUUGGAGUUUCUUGUUCGGAAAAGCCUUAUCUGCUUGUCUUACAAUUCUAUAGAGCGGCAGGCAAAGCAUUCACUAUAAAAGACUGCCUUCAGCCUUCCUUUUGACACUGCUUAACUAUAGAAUAAGUGACUGAUACAGAUUUGUUUCCUUAUUUUAUUCUGUAGAAUGUUCCUGAAGCAAAAAAAGUGCCCGGGAAGGACAGGAAUGCCUCCCUUCAUCAUAUUUGAGGGGAAAUUAUGCUCCCCAGACAUUAUCUUUAUCAGUGGGGAGCAGGAGCUCUUAAUAAAGAUAAAUGGGGGGCACACAGAGGCGCCGAUUACUUUAUUAUUGUUGUAUUUAUUGUGUUAUGUGUAGUAUCCAAAAGAAUGUGUAAAUGUGCAUCUCUCCUUGCAGAGAUACAUUUUAAAAGUUUAUGAUAGCGCAAGACUGCCAAACAAAUUAUUGCAAUUUCUGAACGAACAAAACUGCUAAGGCUUUAUUUUUUAUGUUUCGUUGGUGAGUUUGAGAUUGAAAAUAAUAAAGGUGAGAACAAGAGAACCCCAUCGCAUUCAAAUGUCUUCGUAGCUUUGGAGUUAAUUUCACUAUUAAGAGUGUUACUACAACACAUAGAGUGUUGUUUUAUAACACUAGUGGAAGUGCUGAUUUACACCAAUUGAGUGUAAAAUUCAUAACAGUGUAAAAUCACCUCGUCUUGGUGUUGGCACAGCUGCAAGGCAUUUUACACCAAUUCAGUGUCAAGAAACACUCUUUUAGAGUUAAAGUACACUAAAACAGUGAUAAGUCAGCACCAUUGUGGUGUAUAGUUACACUUCAGUUACAUGACAUGAAAACGAAUUUACACCACGUUGGUGUAAAAGAACACCGUUUCAGCGUUGAUGAAACACCAAAAUGGUGCUCACACAGCUGCAUAAAUUUACACUUUUUUGGUGUCACCAUAACACCUUGACUUUUUGUGUGUGUUUUCACGCACCACUAUUGUAUUUUUUUUAAAUUACCUUUUAUACAACACUAACGUUGCUAGAUAUCGACGAAUGCAGCAAAGGAAGCCAUGAUUGUGACGUAAAUGCGAAUUGUGCAAACACUAAUGGCUCCCAUAGCUGCACCUGUAAGGAAGGAUACACUGGAAAAGGAGAGUCAUGCCGAGGUAAAAUUAGAUUAUGAUUUUCACGCCCCGACCUUGUAUUUCUAUUAAGUUACAAGUUUCAUCAUAUGUAUACAUUUACAUUUUUCGAUGCUUUAGAAUAUAAUACGCGCGGAUAUGCAGUCUUGCCAAUUUAGAGUAGAACAGCGGUACUUGAUGUUGAGCAAAGCAGCUUUCUAUGACAAGUAUCGUCUUUGUAACUGAGGUUAUGAUCAUGAGGCGGCGUGAUGAUUUUCACGCCCCGACCUCGUAUUUCAAUUAAGUUACGGGUUUUAUCAUAUGCGUGCAUUAACAUUUUUCGAAAUUCUAAAAUAUAAAACGCGCGGAUAUUUUACCAGCUAGAUGUUAAACAUGUAUCUUGCGGGGUUUAUUCCCUCUUUUCGACUUAGAGACAGGGAAGAUAAUGAACCCUCGGGCUUAACAUGCCUUGUUUCAAGUAUUGAGAGGUAUUUUGUUAUUUUUUGCCAGCUGUCACUAUGUUGCAAUAUUUCUAUCGAGAAGGGAAAUUGAUAUGGCUUUUAUCUUUCAUGAUCGAUUUAUAAACCAUUGUCUGUUUGACAAUUAAAUUUUAUAAAAGAGGAAUUUACUCUCCUUACGUACAUGUAUACUAUGUAAUAAACCAAUACAUCACGUGUAGUCAGUCCGUACGGUAUAUAAACAAUCGUUGCUUUAUAUCAAAAAUCUUACUCGUUUGCUGCGUUCACUCCCUCGACUUCCGAUACUACGAUCUCGCGCGUGAAUACCAUAAAGACAGACUUUGCACGAAUAAUUCUAUAUCUAUAUCAUUUUUACUACCAGAUAUCGACGAGUGCCUCAAUAGAAUCCAUGCUUGUGACGUGAGUGCGAAUUGUACCAACAUUGACGGCUCCCACAAAUGCACCUGUAAGGUAGGAUACACUGGGGACGGACACUCAUGCCAAGGUAUGAUCAUCACAUCAGACUUAGCAAAUAGGAGAAUGAAGCUUCCCACAAAUAUAAAAAAAAACUCUUUCUUUCAAAACUCAGAAAUUUGAUGUUUGUCUCUGUCAAGUAACGUUUUGGCAAUUUAUUUUUGUCCUCAGAUGUCAAUGAGUGUAGCGAUGGCAACCAUGUUUGCGAUGUCAAUUCGAACUGUAACAACACAGAUGGUUCUCACAUUUGUACUUGCAAGGAAGGAUACACUGGAGAUGGACAGUCAUGUCAAGGUGAAUAAGAGUUGCCUACACUUAUUAAAACAAGCAGCUUUGCACAUAAACUAUCGCCCAUGGAAAUUAGCCCAUAUUUUAGAGACCUGUUUUUACGCACCACUCUCGUACCUUUCUAAUUUCCAUUAGAUUACUUUUUAUACGUCACUUAUGUAAUAAUAAUGAUAAUGAUAAUAAUUAUUAUAAUAAUAAUAAUAAUUGCCUUGUUAUGCGACAAACUGGCUAAGAUUUUUUUUUGGCUAGUCAGUUAUCCUUUGCAAAUCUAUUGUGUUCGCAGAUAUUGAUGAAUGCAAUAGUCAUGUUUGUGAUGCUAAUGUUAACUGUACCAACACAAAAGGUUCAUAUAAUUGCAUCUGCUAAGAAGGAUACAUUAUAAAUGGAUAGUCUUGCCAACGUAGAUUAGAAAAGCGAUACUUCAUGUCGAGCAAAGCAGCUUUUCAUAAUAAGUAUUGUCUUCGUAACUGAGGUUAGGAUCAAGAAGCAACGUAAUGAUUUUCACGCCCCUGCCUUGUAUUUCUAUUAAGUUACGGGUUUCAUUAUAUGCAUGCAUUCACAGUUUUCGAAGAUUUAAAAUAUAAUACGCACGGAUAUUUUUCGAGUUGCUUGGAAUUUUUCUGAGCGCGAAAGGAACGAGGAUAAUUAAGAGCAAUAAACAAGAUUUCUUCUCGUAUUGUAUAAUAAACCAUCGAAUAUGGGAUUUAUCAUUUAAUCAUUACCUGGAAUAUUUUUCUCGAAUAUGCGGCCACACUCGGAUAACCCCCGCACCCCACCCUUCUCUCUCUCACUUUUUUAAAUAGUAUAGAUAAAAGGAAAAUCUGUUUCUACUGCCACACUUUUUUUUUAUAACUUUUCAACGUUCGACAACAGCGCAAUUAGUAGAGCAGAAUAAUUUUUCAAUUUCAGAUUUUUUUAAAUCUUCAUGUGCUUGCAGAGUUCCUUUAUGUAUUAUCUUUUAUUUUGAUUUUGAUGUCCCAUUGCUGAGGUAACUUAAGAGGUGCCCCAUUCGACUGAUCGCCAAAGCGCCCAUCCUACAAAUAAGUGCCUCCCCUCCCCCUCCCCCUCCCAGUUUUUGCCGAAAUUUUCGAUAAGCGCUCAAGUGCUAACUGAAAAUGUCUAAUAUUUCAAUUAUUGCAGUACAAACAAUAUCGCCUGAGGAACUAAACAUAUAUGUUGCGGAGUAUAUUCACUCUUUUCAACUUAAAGACAGAGAAGAUUAGGAACCCUCAGGCUUAACAUGCCUCGUUAUCGAAAAAGGAAAUUUAUAUGGUUUUUAUCUUUCAUGAUCGAUUUGUAAACCAUUGUCUGUGUGACAAUUAAUUGUUAUUAAAGAAGAAUUUACUCUUCUUAUGUAAAUGUAAACUAUAUAAUAAACCUAAUACAUCACGUAAAGUCUGUCCUUAAGAUAUGUAAAGACUCAUUGCUUUAUAUCAAAAAUUUUUCUCGUUUGCUGCGUUCACUCCCACUGUUGUGGUUCUUUUUUAAAAGAACAGGAGGCGUAGAUUGUAAGACACACACACGUUUUAUUCCGGAGCAAGAAGAACACUACAAUAAAUCACACGUAAAUAAUGAUCAAUGCCUAUAUUUUAUAUGGGGUGACCUAGGUACUAAUAUGAUGACCGCUGGCCGGAAACGGAGGCCAGCCAAUAUUAUGACACUCUUGAUUUCGGAUACUACAAGCUCGUGCGUAAAUACCAUACAGACAGACUUUGCACGAAGUAUUCUAUAUCUGUAUCAUUUGUACUACCAGAUAUCGAUGAGUGUCUCAGUGGCAGCCAUGCUUGUGACGUGACUGCAAAUUGUACCAACACUGACGGCUCUCACAACUGCACUUGUAAGGAAGGAUACGCUGGGGACGGACAGUCAUGCCAAGGUAUAAUCACUGCAUUAGACUCAGCAAAUAGAAAAAAAAACUAUUUCCUCAAAAAUUUAGAAAUCUGAUGUUUGUUUCUGUCGAGCAACGUUUUGGCAAUUCAUUUUUGUUCUCAGAUAUCAAUGAGUGUAGCGAUGGCAACCAUGUUUGCGAUGUUAAUUCAAACUGUAACAACACAAAUGGUUCUCAUAUUUGUACAUGCAAGGAAGGAUACACUGGAGAUGGACAGUUAUGUCAAGGUGAAUAAGAGUAGCCUACACUAUUUAAAACAAGUAGCUUUGCACAUAAGCUUUCGCCAACAGAGAUUAGUCCUGAUUUUUGAGGCCUAUUUCCACUCACCACUCUCGUACACUCUAUUGCAUUACCUUUAAUACAUCACUUAUGCUUCUAGAUAUCGACGAAUGCAGCAAAGGAAGCCAAUGUUUGUGACGUUAAUGCGAAUUGCACCAACACUGACGGCUCCCAUAGCUGCACCUGUAAGGAAGGAUACACUGGAAAAGGAGAGUCGUGCCAAGGUAAAAUUAGAUUAGACUUACAAAAAAGGGAAAUAACUGUUCACCACAAAUAAUUGCCUCGUUAUCCAACAAACUGCUUAAGAUUUUUUUCUCUCAAUUCAGUUACCCUUUGCAAAUCUAUUGUGUUCACAAAUAUUGAUGAUUGUAACGAUGAUGUUUGUGAUGCUAAUGCUAACUGCACCAACACUAAUGGUUCUCAUAAUUGCAUCUGUAAGGAAGGAUACAUUGAAGAUGGACAGUCUUGUCAAUGUAGAUUAGAACAGCGAUACUUCAUGCCGAGCAAAGCAGCUUUCCAUAUUAAGUAUUUUCUUCGUAACUGAGGUCAUUAUCAAGAGCCGGAAACGAAAUGAUUUUCAGGCCCCGACCAUGUAUUUCUAUAAAGUUACGGGUUUCAUCAUAAGUAUACAUACACAUUUUUCGACAAUACGCGUAGAUAUUUUACGAGUUGCUAAGUAUUUUUUCGAGUCCGGAAGGAACGACGAUAAAUAAGAGCAAUAAACAAGAUCUCUUCUCGUAUUGUAUAAUAAAAAAUCGAAUGAGGGAUUCAUCAUUCCCACAUUACCUGGAAUAUUUUUCUCGAAUAUGACGCCACGCUCGGACGCUCGGAUAGCCAACCCCCCGCCCCCCCCACCCAUCUCCUCCCUUAUUUUUUAAUAGUAUAGAUACAAGGAAAAUAUGUUUCUACUGCCACGCAUUUUAAAAACUUUUCAACCCUCAACAACAGCGCGAUCAGUACAGCAGAGUAAUUUUAUUUUCCAAACCAGAUUUUUUCUACUUUCAUGUGCUUGCAGAGUUCCUUUAUGUACUAUCCAUUCUUUUGACUUUUGCCCCAUUGCUGAAGUAACUUAAGAAGCGCCCCUCUCGGCUAAUCCCGGCUAAUGUAAUUUAACUUUGUAGGCAAUCCGUGUUAAAAUUACAAAAACCUGUGUAAUGCCAUUAGAAAGAGCAAUUACUCAACACCGGUACGCGGACUAGCCUUUCUAUCAGGGGUGGUGGGGGUGGUCAAGGCAUUUUUCUUUGAAUGGGAAAGUUUUGGAAUUAAUCAUACAUGUUACUCACCAGAGAACUCCUAAAACUUGCAUUAGUCUUUAAUUCUGAGAAAUUCUUGAGGCUACGUCAUUGUGAAAAGAACUGUGAACGUAGAAGUAGAGCGCGAUACGUAUUGAGAUAGGGAAAAAAACAAAGAGAAUAUACUUUCAUUCCUACAAACCUGUUUCGUGACCACUCAUUCAUCAGGGAGUGUUAUAUAUAUUUAUAUAAUAAGCUCAGUUAUGCACGCAUUCUGAUUGGUUCUCACUUAUGAUCUAUUGGAGGACAGACGUAUAGAUGAUGUCAUCAUUAAAACUUUUUCAGUGUGUCACAUCAGUGACACUCAGCUGCGCCUCGUGUGCCACUUUUUUGUUCUUACCACAUUUUGACGUCAUCUGUGAUCUAUUACUGAACAGACGCACGGCAACUUGGAAUCUAUUUGUUAAAUAAAUAUAUAUAAUACAUAUAUAAAUUGAGUUAGGGGAAAAACAAAGAGACGAAGAGCCUGUUUUGUGAUUACAUCACUCUUAUGUCGUGAUUAAAACAACAAUAAAAUUUCCCUUUCACAAUUAUUAUUCAACUUUUUAGCCGAUCCAUGCUAUAAUUACCACAACCUAAGUGAUGCCACAAGGAAAAGCAGUUACAUUACACCGCUCUCUGGUCCAGUGUUUUGUGACUACCCACUCACCGAGAGAUGGUACCGUUUUGUGGGAGCUGCCGGAACUAAAAUGCCAACAACACGUGUACCAGCAUACAAAUGUGGUACAGACUGGUCAGGCUGGUUGGAUGGUGCUCAUCCUAUGGUAGAAGAUGGUGAAGUUUUCAGGAGGGUCUGCUUUAGCGAUCGCCCUACAGGUUGCAAAUACUCAAUCGAAAUUUCAGUUACAAAUUGUGGAUCAUUUUAUAUCUACAAACUUGCUCAGCCCCCUUAUUGUUCUUCGCGUUACUGCAGCACGGACUAAAUCUGAGUCUAAUAACUUCACAAAACGAGACAAGUCAUAAAAAGAUCCUUGUGAACAAUGUAUUUUACGACUUACAGUCCCCUCCCUAUCGUAAUCGUUAAUACUAUCGUUAUAACCUGGUGCAUACUGGCAAAUUUUUACGUCGGUGGCGUUAACUAUUAACUGUUAUAAAUAUUAAGAGUUCUAAUGAUGGUGGGCAUCAAAUAUCAUUUACAUCAUUUAAGAAGACUUCUUGCCUGAAAAAAUGAUAAGCGAAAACUGUCAAAUCCACCUAACUACAACUUUGUACAUUAUUUAAUAGCGUUUAACAUUUUUGACAAGUUUCUCUAUUAUUUCAUCAAGAGCUUUAUCACCAUUGGAUGAAUUUUCCUAUUGCAGUAAUAGGAUAAACAAAGAACACUUGCCCGAAAAAAAAUCAAGCAUAAAAAAAAUAACAGUUAGUUUGUAGACAAAUUGGAUCUUUCGAUAUCUACAAACUUGCUAAGUCAUACGCAUGUAAUUUGCGUUUCUGUGCCUCGAAAUAAACUGACUAAAUAAUUCGCCUUAGUGUUAUAACAUUAGUUACGUGAACCUCUUGCUAACAAAUUAAGUAUUAAAAAAAAAAGAUAGAGACAGACAUGCAUGUGGAAUAGUCAUUUCGAAUGCCUCAGUCCAGUAGCUUUAGAGAUAAAAGCUGAAUAAGGAAAUCCAGAAUGCCUUUGGUUAUCGCCAAGUACUUAUAUUUUCUUGAAAAAAAUAUUGAUUGAAGUCUGUGACUCUGUGUUACCUCGAAAAAAUUGAGAUUUAAGGACACGUGAUAAAAAGCUGAGUAGUAUAUUCCAUUUAUCAUUCACAGCACCAUCACUAUUUGUGGGGUUCAAAAAUGUUUCGGCUUUAUAACAAAAUAUUCCGUGAUAAAAGCCAUGUGUCAAAGGUGGCCUGCCAUCCGAAGUCAAUUUGCUAUGUAAUCGCGGUUAUACUGUGACUGCUAUGAAUUUGAAGCAAAAGUUUAAGUUAAAACCAUUGAAGAUAAAUUCAUUUUCAUCCUUGCAGUUGGCUUUUACGUCCGAUUUCGAGGAAGGUUUGCUCAAAUCUGGUGCUCAGAUCCUUUUAAACCCAUGGUCAUCAGCGGAUUACGCCGUAAUUUCGGUCUCAGACUCCCGUUCCUCGUUCACCGUUUCCCGUUCUCCGUUCCUCAUUCUUCGUUCCUCGUUCUCUGUUCAUAAUUUUCCGUUUCUUGUUCUCCGUUCCCCGUUCCUCGUUCCUCGUUCUCCGUUCUACGUUCUCCGUUCCCCGUUCUCCGUUCCUCGUUCUCCGUUCCCCGCUCUAAGUUUACCGUUCCCUGUUCCUCGUUCCUCGAUCAUCGUUGCCCGUUCUUCGUUCCUCGUCGGAGUAACAUCCUACUACUGCUGUGGCGCAAUAGUGGUCAGUUCAAACAGCGAUUACUGAAACAUCUUAGUACCAUUGGCGCUUUUUUAAUGCUCAGAUUUAACUUGAAUCGAAAAAAGUCUUAGACUGGUUUACACCCGGUGGAGUUUACUAACGGGCUGGUGCGAAUCCUGUCAGCUAUUUGGGUGCAACAGAAGGAAAAAAAGAUCAAAUUUCGUAGCUUAGAACCCCUUCCGAAUCAUGAACCUGAUGAAAAAUUUCAAGAGAGUCAGCCAGUCAGCCGUGUGUUCUUGAAUUGGUUGAUCAUGAAAAAAGGAAUUUUUUUUUCGUAAGUUCUGUUUUUUUUUUCUUUCGUUAUGUGAAAUUUUAGUCGAUUUUUAGCUUACCAGUCGAUUCUUACCAGCUCGGAACUUUCGCACUCAGGAUAAUUUAUUAUUAUCUACUGAGUUGGUAUCGUAAAUUGGUUCCCAUGAAGAGUUUAAAAGCGUUUCGAGCGUUAGCCCUUCGUCCAAUCGCUCUGACGAAGGGCUUACUCUCGAAACGUGAGCUUUUAAAUUCUUUGCGGUGGCCAAUUUACGAUAUCAACUUAGUUGAUAAUACUUGAUUACCCUGUUAUACUCCCAAUCGACGCAGCACCUCAGUUUCUUUAGAAACUUAACACCUAUAUCCUUUCGUACUCAGUCAGUUUAAUCGCUUAAAGUCCAAACAAAUAAAGUUUUUUUACAACACUUUGACCCAUAAUUUCUCGUUACAAUAUCACCCCUGAAUCAAACAUGAAUGUCAGAAAGAAAAUGAUCGCCUACAAAAGAAACUCUUGAAUGUUAAGCGAAUUCUCCAAGUCAACUCUGUAGGUAAUAUAUAUCUAAUGGUAUGGAAAAUAUGUAUACUGAUGUUAGGGUGCAAAGAAUUUAUGUCAAAUGUAUAUUUAUCUAUACUUAUGACAUCAGAAGAGCUUAGAAGAGCAUACGAAAAAAAGGGGGGAAUUAAAUCUUAGGAAUAGGGUUCUGCCCUCACCAAAAAAGUGCAAGAAGACGGUAGAUACAUAAUGAAAAUAACAGCUUCAUGGUAGAUAUCGAGUUUGGAAUACGUAUUCUAGUUAUGAGCUACUUUUUACCAUGUUUUCUUAAAGUUUACCGAGCCACCAGCGACUUGGCCUUCAAACAAUGACACAGAAAUGAAGCGGAAGCAAUCAUUAAAGGAUGCAAGUUGUCUAACUACCUCAUCGCGGUACAAGUGAGGGUUGAUUGCCCGCCCCUUCUCCGCACUCCUUAAUUUUUUUUUUUAAGGACAAUAAAGCACUCCUUACGAUCGAGCCACCAGGAACUUGAAUCUCAAAAGAAAAAAGAAAAAAGAGAUCAAAGGAUUAAACGAAAAAGAAAAAGUAGCCAAAAGCAAACAUUUAGGCGUUUAAACUGACUAACUACCCCUUUACCCACCCCUUUCCUUGGUUUUGGUUUUUCUUGCUCUUUUGAAAAGUUUGGAUGGGCAGUUACGAAAACAAAUACCAGACUUUGACACCAACACGCGAAAAGGCUUUUUUUGCAUUUUAAGCCUAGAUUGCUUAACGCUAAAGAAUUGCGACGUUGAUGAGCGAGUAUUAUGUGUAUGGAUGUUCUCAAGGUUUCGUGAUGUUAGAAGGUGCACUGUCGUUAUGAACAUCAAACAUUAAUUUACAUACCGCUUCAUUAUAUAAGAAGGUAAUAGGCAGAAUUUUCGCAUUUACAAAUAAGGGGAUUGCAUGUUCUUUUCUAUCAACAAAGUAGAUUAGAUGUAAUACUCGCUUUUGGAAAACAACAAUUUUGUUUAGAUAGUUUUUUAACGCAUUACCCGAGGCAACGAGUCCAUAAGUUAAAUAAGGUAAAAUUAAGGAUUUAUAAAUAUUUGUGAGUACAGAUGAUGGAACAAAGUGUCUCAGCUUAGCAAUCAUUCCUAUGGUCUUACUUUAGUGAUAACACAGUCCAAGUGGUUUUUCCAAGAAAGAUUUUCAUCGAUCAAAAAACCUAAAUACUUGAUAUAACUCUUAUGUUCCAAGCUGACUCUUCUAUUUUUUUCACUAUCAAAUAUACUUAUUCGAGGAAGAUAACGGAUUUUAUUUUGUUUAGGGCGAAAAAUUACAAGAUUUGAUUUUUUUGUAUUCAAAGUCAAUUUAUUUGUAGUUAGCCAGUCAUGUAAAUUUUUCAGUUCAGCAUUGACCGUCUGUUCUAAAGACUUGAGGUCCUUGUCAGCAUAGAGAAUAUUAGUGUCAUCCGCAAAUAAGAAAAUGUGAAGUUUACUGGAACAGAGGUGAAUGUCAUUUAUAUAAAGUAAAAAGAGAACCGAACUCUGAGGGGCACCACAGGGAGAAAUUAGUUUAGUUGAUACGUGCGAUCCAAUUUAAGUUGUUUGCGUUCGAUUUGUUAAUUACGACUGGAACCACUCGUUGAUAAUCUCUCGAAAACCAUAAAAAUUAAGUUAUCAAGUAGUAUUUUGUGGUUGACGGUGUCAAAAGCCUUUUUUAGGUCAAUGAAAACACCACACGAGAAAUGAUGCUUAUCCAUAUUGUUCUGUAAAGUUUCGACAAUUUCAAGGAUCGUAUGAUCUGGGGAGUGUGCCUUACAGAAGCCAUAUUGUGAGGAAUGUAUUAACUUAUUUUUGUCAAUAAAGUCCUUCAUUCUGUAAUACAGUAGCUUUUCAAAUACUCUGUUAAAACUUGACAAGAGAGAAAUUGGUCGGUAAUUAGAAGCAUCAGUCUCGUCUUCACUUUUAAAGAUAGGUGUGAUUUUGGAGAUCUUAAGUUUUGAUGGGUGAACACCGGACGUAAUAGAAGUAUUGAAGAUGUUCGAAAGGACAGGAGAUAAAAUAUUGCACGAACGUAGGACAAGAGUAUAAACCAUACGAUUUUUUGUUUGGUAGUGAUAUAAUUUCUUGUUUAACGUCAUCUGGGGAAAUCGGUUUGGAAAAAAAGGAAGAAUCAGGUUAUUUUAAUUUCUUGAGAUAAUCCAUAUGAUUAUGGUUUGGUUUCAGGUUGAUGAAUGAACGGCGAAGCCUUCACCAAUCUCAAUCCAAGGUCAUUUGUUGGAAUUUUUUCGGAUUAUGGCUGCUAAAACAUUAGAAAAAUCCAUAUCGCUUACAGACAGUGACAUUCAAACUUACCUGGAAGGAAAAGAAAACCAAAAUACUGAAAGAAAAACCGAAAGUUACGUAUUCAGUAGCUUUGGUAAUGGUAUUUCGACAACUGAAAUAUUUGCCACAGGCCGACUUAUAUUGCAUUGUUUUGUAACCUCCUCCUUCUUGAAACUCUCUCCAUUUCCCAUGCCCCUAACCAGUUGAUAACUCGCGCUGGGUUGAUGCGAAAGUUAUUCCUGUUAUCGCUUUCUUUCUUUUCACUUUCUUUUAACGAGGGCGGCUUCUAGAGUCCUGCAGUUAGUCGCUACUUGGAUAUACGUAAUGGGGAGUGAUAAGCCCGCAACAAAGUGCAGAGUUUUGUCAACGUUUCGAGGUUUUGAAGAUUUAAGAUAUGGGCACUAAAAGAAAGAAAGGAAGAAAGAAAGAGGAAAGAGGAAAAUGAAAGAAAGCGAGAAAAAAAAAAGGGAUAGGCAAGGAAAACUGCUACCCAGUUAUUUUCUUUGGACUAGGGAAAAGAAACCAAGCUCUUAACGAACUAGAAAAUACCUAAAAGCAAGAUGUGGCUAGCUACAUCAUUAAUAGUUACGAAACUGAAACUCGAAACUGAUAGCCACGCCGACGAACAGACUUGUAGAAUUACGAAAGAUUCUGUGUUUACCAUUUAUGAUCAUAAGCUAAAACUUCGAAUGAAGGGUAUCGUCUAAUGAUUUUUUCACGUCAAUAACUUUGUUUUUCAGCAUCUUAAGAGUGAAGUAAAUCCUGCAUCCAUGCCUAGAGAUCUCAUCUGAGAUGGCGUCGUGAGAAAACGAGACUCUUUGGAUCAUAUCCAUCCAAAACCUGCAAAUCUUGGGGAACAACUCCCCAUUACGGGAAUCAAAGAUCUAUUGACAGCUGCCAAUCGUCUCCCAGAUCCCACCGAAGAGUUAUGGUCAUUUUGGUUGUUAUUACAGUGGCAAUUCCGCAAUCAUCGCGGCAGUGUACAUUGGAAAAUACGUUUCGGAAUACCUUAUAACAGGAAAGGUAAGUAUUGAUGUCCCUCAAUUUUUGCUAUUUAUUUAGAAGUCAACCAUAAAAAAAAACAACAUAUUUGAACAAAAGAUAAAAGUGGGUCGAAAUUCCAGCACAUCGAUGUGCCAUUGUCGAUGUCCUAGUAGUAGAAAUUAAUCAUCUCAUUUUCACAUAAAGCUUAGAGCUGGCGCAGAUAUUAAUCAAUCGAUAUAUGGACAAGAAAGUAAGUAUUCAGUUUGAUCAUGUUAAUGGUAAGCCAUUAAAGAAGGAAACACGUAGGAGCACUUUCGUCCGCGCCGUCCAAACCCUGCCAGAUUAAUUUUUCAAAUUCGACAUCAAAGCUUCGUAAAUUUAAAAAAGAAACCAAUUUCUACAAAGUAAAAAGUUAAAGCUGGCGUUUUUGUCCUCUCAUCGAUGUUAGAGUAAGAGCGUUAAGUUUAAAAUAUGCUUUGAAAAACAAAGAGGCAAGCAAUGCGUUGACAGAACAUGUACGAGCACAUAAGUGGCUACCGUGACCGUAGCCUUUUUAAGAGACUUAAAAGCAUUCUAGCGCAAAAUUUCAAUUGUGUGGUGUUAUCUACCUGUUUGAAUUACCCAGUGGGUAACCAAGCGUGCGUUUCUUACAACGGCUCCUAAAUACAACCAAAAGUUACAAAGUGGUCAAUAAUGAGCUGAUAACUAUUGUUCCAGUUAUUGUCCUGAUUCAUAGUUUCAUCAGUUAACUUUAGAGUAGAAAUAAAUUAGUUCUUUUAUGGAGCCUGGGAAAAUAUCAACAUCAUUCCACGCAUUUUGAAAGGAAUCAUGCACAGGUUAAUUUUGGGAUCAUUUGCGAUCCGGACUAACUUUUUACUAAAGCGUUUUUAAAACUUUUUUAAAAAUAAUAAACAGCACGGCACGAAAUGAAAUACUAAAAACUUUCUUCACUUUCCUACGCGCUUCAUAUGACAGCAGCAGGAGUUUAUACAAGUAGGCAAAUAAGCUUGCUUAGAUAUGCAUGGUAGAUACAAUGUCUAUUUUCGACCUGUACGCAAAAUGUGAAGAAACCGGAAAGGUAUCUACGAGGUGUGACAAAAGUUUUGUACAUGGGUGACAUUUUUGAGACGUUAUAUGUGAGAGUAUGUGUUGUGUAUGGUGGUCACAGAUUAAGAACUAAAUCUACGAGCUGAGUUCUAAUAAGUUUUUUACACGAAUUUCGGUUCUUCAGUCCAUGUUGAAGGCAGAAAUAUGGGAGCUCAUUUAGUAUCCAUCUUAAUAUUUCGUCAGUCUUUCUAUUCCUCACUUACGUUCUAAUUCGCUUCGCUCAAACGAACGUAAAUUAUUUUACCCUUAAAUUCCCGUAAUAAAUAAAUCAGACAAGCAGUAUGGUAGGAUGCGUAAGCGGAUCCAAAACACAGUUUAUUACAUCUAGAUUAAAUCAUAAUACAAAAAUUAUUAAGGAACGUGUGAAAUAUAAAUGCUCAAUGAUAUUACAAGCGUAAAUAGUUGGUUACUUGUAAUCUAUUCUCAAGGCUCUCUUCAAUGUACAUGUCCUUGGCAGAGUCAGACUUCCAUCUAUCAUGUAUUUUAAGUAGUCUUUCUGAAAUCGAAUGACCACUAUUACGCACUACAGAUGUAAUGCCACCGGAUCUUAAGCUAUGAAGACCGAAACUAUUAGGAUUAUAACCUGGCUUACUCAGGCAAUCUCUAAGAAUUUCCUUGCAUCUAGUAUAAGAAAUCUUACCACUUAUCAGGGUAUAGCUAGAAUUACUAGGGUGAAAAGUUAGAGGUCUAAAUAAAGGAAGAUUACUAUUGCUGUCGAUCCCAGAAAGGUUGAAAUACCUUCUUAAGACACCGACAGGACAGUACUUAGAUGUGGAAGCGCUAAUAUAAACAUAAUUCCCUUCCCUAUAAAUAUCGGUUUUGCUUCGAGGCAAGAAAAUCCUUAUAUAAUCAUUAUGAAACUCAAUAUGCUUCGGAACGAUAUUACAUAAAUCGUCAUACCGAAGAAAACCUGCGAAAGCUAAUGAGCAUAAUGCGGCAAUACGAAGAUCCUUCAGAUUAGAAUCUUCCUUGUUAUGAACGUCCAAUAUGUUCCUAAUGAUUUCUGUGGUAAUGGGACUCAGAAACUCAGAAAUUUGAUGUUUGUCUCUCUGUCAAGUAACGUUUUGGCACGGUUAAAGUUAAAAUUAAUGUCUACGCCCUUGUGUUGUUCCUCUGUUAAGCUACCUUUUUCUACAUUAUUUUUGUCCCCAGGUAUCGACGAGUGCAGCACUGGAAGCUAUGUAUGUGACAUAAAUGCGAACUGUACUAACACUGACGGCUUCCAUAACUGCACCUGUAGACGGACAAUUAUGCCAAGGUAUAAUUUUUGCAUUAGACUGAGCAAAUAUCAGAAUAAAGCCUCGCGCAAAUGAAAAGAAAAAACCUCUUUCCUCAAAAACUUAGAAAUAUAAUGCUUGUUUCUCUGUCAAGUAACCUUUUGGCAAUUAAUUUUUUUCACAGAUGUCAUUGAGUGUAGCGAUGGCAACCAUGUUUGCCAUGUUAAUUCCAACUGUAAGAACACAAAUGGUUCUCAUAUUUGUACUUGCAAAGAAGGAUACACUGGAGAUGGGCAGUCAUGUCAAGGUGAAUAAGAGUAGCCUUCACUAUUUAAAACAAGCACCUUUGCACAUGAACUAUUGCCCAUAGAAAUUAGCUCACAUUUUAGAGACCUGUUUUCAUGCAACAAUGUUGUAUUUCUAUAACAUUACCUUUUAUACAUCACUUUUGCUUCUAGAUAUCGAUGAAUGCAGCAAUGGAAGCCAUGAUUGUGACGUAAAUACGAAUUGUACAAACACUAAUGGCUCCCAUAGCUGCACUUGUAACGAAGGAUACACUGGAAAACUACUCAUGCCAAGGUAAAAUUAGAAAUAUGCAAUGUGAUUUACAACUUCAGACAUUUCAAGUGGAGUGAUAUCCAAAAAUUAACAACAUUUACGCGGAGAAUCGUUAUUCUCAUGGCCAUAUCCAGUCCUGCGAAUGCGAUACAUUCAGUGGCUAUGUAUGCCAAAUGUAUUGAAACUAAUUUGAUUUAUUAUGACGUUUUGAAUCUUACCUCGUGGUCCUUGAGUAAAAGGUCCACUAAAUUUCGUUGGUCCAAUCGAUGGAAAAUCCAUUUUGACUUAUAUCGAUUAUUAUUCAUCCUAUCCGGAAGGUACGUGUUUUUCCGUACUAUGCGCGAAGCAACGAAAAAUUAAAGGAGAACUUUCGAGCAGCCAUCAGCGAAGGUAAAUCCUGGCAAAUGGAGUCGCCUAAAAAUUCAUGCGCUACAGAGCAAAUCGGCCUCAUACUAGUGGAAGACCACCUACUAUGCUUUUGUUCAAUCGCGAACUUCGAACAAAAAAGCAUCAUCGGCACUCUAUCGCGAACAUUGGUCAAAAUCCAAUUUGUAGCAAACGCGUUCGAAGGCAUAUCACGAUAGCAGGAAACAUGCUGAACCGCAUUAUUUCAAAAUUGGCGAUCUCGUACUUUGUGCCAACAAGAAACCAGACAAACUAGAUUUGAAUUUCUCUACGGCAGAGCUCGUAAUUAUUGAGACCAAAGCAAGAGACACUUUUAGUUUAGUCAAUUUGGACACGGGUACCACUUUGUCAGCAUAUUGGUAACGACAUUGAUGUAGACAUUAGUGCUAAGACUGAGGAGUCUAUUGACCAUUCAGUGAAAAGAAAUGACCCUAUCAAAAGUACCAAGCCCUCUAGUAAGGAUCCGGAAUAUUUCUCGGAUUAGAAAGUUUUUGUCAGUUAGUAGUACUAGGGCGUUAGUACACGCCUUCGUCACAUGCAGAUUAGACAACUGUAACUCUCUGUUAUAUGGUCUUCCGAAACAUUUAGUUCAUAGAUUGCAAUUAGCCCAGAAUUGUGCGGCACGGCUGAUCUUAUGUGGUCGUAAGCAUGAUCACGUUACUCCUUUACUGAGGGAAUUGUACUGGCUUCCCGUGGAGCAGAGGAUUAUUUUUAAAAUGUUAUUUUUUACAUUUAAAGCUUUAAAUAAUUUAUGCCCAAGUUAUAUCAGUGACUUGUUAGAAAGUUAUAAGCCUACUAGGUCUUUACGAUCAUCGAGUAGGAACUUGUUAGUGAUUCCUCGCUCCAAGUUGAAAUCUUAUGGCGAUCGCGCCUUUUCUGUCUCUGCACCUAAGUGUGGAAUGACAUUCCUGAAACCAUAAAAUGUAGUGUAGAUCUUAACGCUUUUAAGCGUAAUCUUAAAACUUAUCUUUUUAAGGGUUAUUUUAUGAAUGGUUACGUUUGAUUAUUAUUUUUAUUUUUUACGUCAACCACUAUUCGUCAAAGUUUAAAAAUUUCUAGUCGAAGUUCCUUUCGAAAAUGGCACGUUUCGAGUUCGACACCAUUGUUUUCAGCCCACGCUUGAAUAACAAUGGCUGUUAAAACUAAACAAUAGCCUAUUGAGAAAAUUGAGAGGUUUUACGUAAAUUUUUUACUUCUUAACAUAAUGUAAUUUUUUUCGAGGCUUGUUGUAAUUUAACAGCGACUGUAUUGUGGUUUUUAAAUGAUGAACACCAAAAAGCCCUACUGGGGAGUGUUGAUAAAUUUUAUAUUGUAUUGUAUUGUAAUUUAAAAAUUGACAGUUUUUACCAGUAGAUUCUUCUGCACUCCUCCUUCUUCUUGAGACUCUCUCCAUUCCUAUGCCCUCAGCCAGUUGAUGACUCGCGCUGGGUUGGCGCGAAAAUUAUUCCUGCUGUCGUUUUCUUUUAAUGACGGCGGCUUUUAGAGUCCUGCAGUUAGUCGCUACUUACACAUACAUAACGGGGGGUGAUAAGCUCGCAAUAGAGUGCAGAGUUUUGUUUUCGAGGUUUUGAAGAUUUAGGAAGUGUGUAAUUAACUUUAGUAAAAAGGAAAAAAGGAAGCAAAGAAGAAAGAGAGAGGGAAGAGGAAAAUGAAAGAAAGUGAGAAAAAAUAGAGAAAGGCAAGAAAAAAACUGCUCAUCAGUUAUUUUCUUUGGACUAGGAAAAGAAACCGAGUUCCUAACGUACCGGAAAAUACCUAAAAGUGAAAUGUGGCUCGAACAAUCGACAUUCAAGGUCACAUUUAUGCAUAAAAAUCACGCAUGACUGCAUCAUUAACAGUUACGAAACUGAAACUCGAAACUGAAAGCCACGCCGACGAACAGACUUUUAGAAUCACGAGAGAUGCUGGGUUUACCUUUUUUGGUCAUAAGCUAAAACUUGGAGUGUAGGGAAUCAUCUGCCUGAUGAUUUUUUUCACGCAAGCAACUUUGUUUCUCAGCAACUUAAGAGUAAACUAAAUCCUGCAUCCACGCCUAGAGAUCUCAUCUAAGAUGACGUCGUCAGAAAACGAGACUAUCUCUUUGGAUCAUUUCCAUCCAAAACCUGGAAAUCUUGGAGAACAACUCUCCAUUACGGGAAGCAGAGAUCUAUUGACAGAUGCCAAUCGUUCCUCUAGAUCCUGCCGAAGAGUUAUGGUCAUUCUUGUUGCUAUUGCAGUGGCAAUUUCUACAAUCAUCGCGGCAGUGUUCAUUGGAAAAUACGUUUCGGAAUACCUUAGUGAUGAUAACAGGAAAGGUAAGUAUCAGAUGUCACUCAAUUUUCGCUAUUUAUCCAGAAUUCAACGAUAAGAAACAACAUAUUUGAACAAAAGAGAGAAUUUGGUCGAAAUUUCAGCACAUCGAUGUGUCAUUGUCGAUGUCCUCAGUAGUAGAAAGUAAUCAUGUCAUUUUCACGUAAAGCUAAAAGCUAGCGGACAAAAUUAAUCAAUAGAUAUAUGGACAAGACGAUAAAGUAAGUAUUCAGUUUGAUCAUGUAAAUGGUAAGCAUUAGAGAAGGAAACAUGUUAGGGUAAGAGCGAUAAGUUUUAAAUAUGCUUUGAAAAUCAAAGAAGCAAGCGAUCCGUUGACAGAACAUGCACGAGCACAUAAGUAGCUGUGAGGCUACUUAAGAGCAUUCCAGACUUAAGACUUAAGACUUAAGAGCAUUCCAGCAGAAAAUUUCAAUUGUAUAACGUUAUCUGCCUGUUUGAAUUACUCAGUGGGUACCCAAGCGUGCGUUUCUUACAACAGUGAUGUAGGCUCCUGAAUACAACCAAGAGAUACAAAAUGGCCUAUAAUGAGCAGAUGACCAUUGUUCCAGUCUUAACACAUAGUUUCAUCAGUUAGCUUUAGAUUAGUAAUAAAUUAGUCCUUUUAUGGAGCCUGGGAAAAAAUCUACAACAUUCCACGUAUUUUUAAAGGGAUCGUGUACAGUUCAAUUUUGGAUCAUUUGCGAUCCGCAUUAACUUUACUAAAACUGUUUUAUAACUUUUUCUUAAAAUAAUAAACAGCACUGCACGAAAUGAAAUACUGAAAACUUGUUUCAUGCUCCUACGCGUCUUAUCUGACAGCAGCAGGAGUUUAUACAAGUAGGUAAAUAAGCUUGCUCAGAUACGCACGGUUAAUAAGAUGACUAUUUUCGACUUUUAAUCAAAGAGUGAAGCAAAAGUGUGACAAAAGUGUUGUACAUGCGUGACAUUUUUAAAACGUUACAUAUAUGAGUACUUGUUUAAUGAUGGUGGUCACGGAUUAAGAAAUAAAUCUACGAGCUGAGUUCUUGUAAGUUUUGCACACGUAUUUCGGUUCUUGAGUCCAUGCUGUUUUGAUUUCACUUUAAUGGAGUCUUCAAUUGUAGAGUGUCACGAUAUCGAAUGGCAAGUUCACUCGAAUAAUUUGCUUUUCCUUAUGUAGGCCAGAAAAGAGAUUUUGUUUUGAUAUUUUGUUUUCUUUAACUCUAAAGUUCUUCGGACAACAAUCAGGCCAAAACGAUGUCAUACUUCCUCCCAGGGUUAAAGUUAAAAUGAAUGUUUUCAUGCUCUUGUGUUGUUCCUCUAUCAAGCUACCUUUUUCUACAUUACUUUUGUCCCCAGGCAUCGACGAGUGCAGCACUGGAAGCUAUGUGUGUGACAUAAAUGCGAACUGUACUAACACUGACGACUCUUAUAUCUGCGCCUGUAAGGAAGGAUACACUGGAGACGGGCAUUCAUGCCAAGGUAUGAUCAUUGCAAUUGACCAAGCAGAUAGUAGAAUAAAGUUUCCCUCAAACAAAAAAACUCUUUCCAUUAAAACUUAGAAAUUUGAUGCUUUUCUCUCUGUCAAGUAACGUUUUGGCAAUUCGUUUUUGUUUACAGAUGUCAAUGAGUGUAGCGAUGGCAACUAUGUUUGUCAUGUUAAUUCGAACUGUAAAAACACAAAUGGUUCUCAUAUUUGUACCUGUAAAGAAGGAUACGCUGGAGAUGGACAGUCAUGUCAAGGUGAAUAAGAGUAGCCUACACUAUUUAAAACAAGCAGUCUUGCUCAUAAGCUAUCGCCCAUGAAAAUUAGCCCACAUUUUAGAGGCCUGUUUUUACGCACUACUAUCGUAUUUCUGUCAAAUUACUUUUUAUACAUCACUAACGCUGCUAGAUAUCGACGAAUGCGACAAAGGAAGCCAUGAUUGUGACUUAAAUGCGAAUUGUACCAACACUAAUGGCUCUCAUAGCUGCACCUGUAAGGAAGGAUACACUGGAAAAGGAGAGUCAUGCCAAGGUAAAAAUUAGAUUAGACUUUGAAAAAAAGCAGAAUAACUGUUCAUCACAUAUAAUUGGCUUGCUAUCUAACAAAUUGGCUUAGAUUUUUUGUUCUCUAUUCAGUUACCCUUUGAAAAUAGAUUGUGUUCACUGAUAUUGAUGAAUGCAAUGAUGAUAGGCAUGUAUAUGAUUCUAAUGCUAACUGUACCAACACUAAUGGUUCAUAUAAUUGCAUCUGUAAGGAAGCAUACAUUAUAAAUGAACAGUCUUGCCAAUGUAGAUAAGAACAGCGACACGUAAUGUCGAGGAAAGCAGCUUUCCAUAACAAGUAUUGUUUUCGUAACUGAGGUUAUGAUCGAGAAGUAGUGUGGUGAUUUUCACGCCCCGAUCUCGUAUUUCUACUAAGUUACGGGUUUCGUCAUAUGCAUACAUUCACAUUUUUCGAAGGUUUAAAAUAUAAUACACGGGGAUAUUUUACGAGUUGUUCGGUAUAUUUCCGAGCGCGGAAGGAAAGAAGAUAAUUAAGAGCAAUGAGCGAAAUUUCUUCUCGUGUUAUAUGAUAAACCAUCGAAUAAGGGAUUUAUCAUUUAACCAUUACCUGGAAUAUUUUUCUCGAAUAUACGGCCACGCUGGGAUAACCGCCCCCCCACCCCACCCUUCCCUCCUUCACUUUUUUAAAUAGAGUAGAUACAAGGAAAAUCUAUUUCUACUGCCACACUUUUUAUGUAACUUUUCAACCUUCAACGACAGCGCAAUCAGUACGGCAGAAUAAUUUUAUUUUCCAUUUCAGUUUUUCUAUCUUCAUAUGCUUGCAGAGAAUUUUUUAUGUAUCAUCUAUUAUUUUGAUUUUAUGUCCUAUUGCCAAAGUAAUUUAAGAAGCGCCCCUCUCGACUAAUCGACAAAGCGCCCCUCUCUACAAACAAGUGCCCCCCUCCCCUCUCAUUUUUAGGGGAAAUUUUUAAUAAGCGCUCAAGUGCUCCUUGAAAAUGUCUAUUAUUUCAAUUAUUGAAGUACACACAAUAUCGCCCGAGGAACUAAAUAUGUAUCUUGCGGAGUUUAUUCGCUCUUUUGGACUUAAAGACAGAGAGGAUAAUGAAUCCUCAGGCUUAACAUGCCUUGUUUCAAGUAUUGAGAGGUAUUUUGUUAUUUUUUGCCAGCUGUCACUAUGUUGCAAUAUUUCUAUCGAGAAGGGAAAUUGAUAUGGCUUUUAUCUUUCAUGAUCGAUUUAUAAACCAUUGUCUGUUUGACAAUUAAAUGUUAUAAAAGAGGAUUUACUCUCCUUAUGUACAUGUAUACUAUAUAAUAAACCAAUACAUCACGUGUAGUCGGUCCGCACGGUAUAUAAACAAUCGUUGCUUUAUAUCAAAAAUCUUACUCGUUUGCUGCGUUCACUCCCUCGACUUCCGAUACUACGAUCUCGCGCGUGAAUACCAUAAAGACAGACUUUGCACGAAUUAUUCUAUAUCUAUAUCAUUUUUACUACCAGAUAUCGACGAGUGCCUCAAUAGAAUCCAUGCUUGUGACGUGAGUGCGAAUUGUACCAACAUUGACGGCUCCCACAAAUGCACCUGUAAGGAAGGAUACACUGGGGACGGACACUCAUGCCAAGGUAUAAUCAUCACAUUAGACUUAGCAAAUAGGAGAAUGAAGUUUCCCACAAAUAAAAAAAAAACUAUUUUUUUCAAAACUCAGAAAUUUAAUGUUUGUCUCUGUCAAGUAACGUUUUGGCAAUUCAUUUUUGUUCUCAGAUGUCAAUGAGUGUAGCGAUGGCAACCAUGUUUGCGAUGUCAAUUCGAGCUGUAACGACACAGAUGGUUCUCACAUUUGUACUUGCAAUGAAGGAUACACUGGAGAUGGACAGUCAUGCCAAGGUAAAUAAGAGUUGCAUACACUAAUUAAAACAAGCAGCUUUGCACAUAAACUAUCGCCCAUGGAAAUUAGCCCACAUUUUAUAGACCUGUUUUUACGCACCACUCUCGUAUUAUCAUUAGAUUACUUCUUAUACGUCACUUAUGUAAUAAUAGUGACAAUAAUAAUAAUAAUUAUAAUAAUAAUUAUAAUGAUAAUAAUAAUUGCCUCGUUAUGCGACAAACUGGCUAAUAUUUUUUUUCGUUAGUCAGUGAUCCUUUGCAAAUCUAUUGUGUUCGCAGAUAUUGAUGAAUGUAACGAUGAUAGUCAUAUUUGUGAUGCUAAUGUUAACUCUACCAACACAAAUGGUUCAUAUAUUUGCAUCUGCUAGGAAGGAUACAUUAUAAAUGGACAGCCUUGCCAACGUAGAUUAGAAAAGCAAUACUUCAUGUCGAGCAAAGAAGCUUUUCAUAAUAAGUAUUGUCUUCGUAACUGAGGUUAUGAUCAAGAAGCAACGUAAUGAUUUCCAUGCCCCUACCUCGUAUUUCUAUUAAGUUACAGGUUUCAUUAUAUGCAUGCAUUCACAGUUUUCGAAGAUUUAAAAUAUAAUACGCGCAGAUAUUUUUCGAGUUUCUUGGUAUUUUUCUGAGCGCGAAAGGAACGAGGAUAAUUAAGAGCAAUGAACAAGAUUUCUUCUCGUAGUAUAUGAUAAACCAUCGAAUAUAGGAUUUAUCAUUUAAUCAUUACCUGGAAUAUUUUUCUCGAAUAUGCGGCCACGCUUGGAUAACCCCCCCACCCCACCCUUCUCUCCCUCGCUUUUUUUUAAAUAGUUUAGAUACAAGGAAAAUCUGUUUCUACUGCCACACUUUUUUUAUAACUUUUCAACGUUCAACAACAGCGCAAUCAGUACAGCAGAAUAAAUUUACUUUCAAUUCCAGAUUUUUUUAAAUCCUCAUUUGCUUGCAGAGUUCCUUUAUGUAUUAUCUUUUAUUCUGAUUUUGAUGUCCCAUUGCUGAGGUAACUUAAGAAGCGCCCCAUUCGACUGAUCGCCAAAGCGCCCAUCCUACAAAUAAGUGCCCCCUCUCCCUCCCAGUUUUAGCCGAGAUUUUCAAUAAGCGCCCAAGCGCUCAUUGAAAAUGUCAAAUAUUUCAAUUAUUGAACUACAGGCAAUAUCGCCUGAGGAACAUAACAUGUAUCUUGCGGAGUAUAUUCACUCUUUUCAACUUAAAGACAGAGAAGAUUAGAAACCCUCAGGCGUAACAUACCUUGUUAUUGAAAAAGGAAAUUUAUAUGGUUUUUAUCUUUCAUGAUCGAUUUGUACACCAUUGUCUGUUUGACAAUUAAUUGUUAUAAAAGAGGAAUUUACUCUUCUUAUGUACGUGUAAACUAUAUAAUAAACCUAAUACAUCACGUAAAGUCUGUCCGUAAGGUAUGUAAAGACUCGUUGCUUUAUAUCAAAAAUCUUACUCGUUUGCUGCGUUCACUCCCACUGUUGUGGUUCUUUUUUAAAAGAACAGGAGGCGUAAAUUGUAAGACACACACACGUUUUAUUCCGAAGCAAGAAGAACACUAAACUAAAUCACACGUAAAUAAUGAUCAAUGCCUAUAUUUUAUAUGCGGUGACUUAGGUACUAAUAUGAUGACCGCUGGCCGGAAACGGAGGCCAGCCAAUAUUAUGACACUCUCGAUUUCGGAUACUACGAGCUCGUGCGUAGAUACCAUACGGACAGACUUUGCAUGAAGUAUUCUAUAUCUAUAUCAUUUGUACUACCAGAUAUCGAUGAGUGCCUCAGUGGCAGCCAUGCUUGUGACGUGACUGCAAAUUGUACCAACACUGACGGCUCUCACAACUGCACUUGUAAGGAAGGAUACACUGGGGACGGACAGUCAUGCCAAGGUAUAAUCACUGCAUUAGACUUAGCAAAUAGAAAAAAAAAAAACUAUUUCCUCAAAAACUUAGAAAUCUGAUGUUUGUUUCUGUCGAGCAACGUUUUAGCAAUAAUUUUUGAUCUCAGAUAUCAAUGAGUGUAGCGAUGGCAACCAUGUUUGCGACGUUAAUUCAAACUGUAACAACACAGAUGGUUCUCAUAUUUGUACAUGCAAGGAAGGAUACACUGGAGAUGGACAGUUAUGUCAAGGUGAAUAAGAGUGGCCUACACUAUUUAAAACAAGUAGCUUUGCACAGAAACAAUUACCCAUGGAAAUUAGCCCUCAUUUUAGAGACCUGUUGUCACGCACCACUCUCGUAUUUCUAUUACCAUACUUUUUGUAUAUCACUUAUGCUUCUAGAUAUCGACGAAUGCAACAAUGGAAGCCAUGAUUGUGACGUAAAUGCGAAUUGUACAAACACUAAUGGUUCCCAUAGCUGCACCUGUAAGGAAGGAUACACUGGAAAAGGAGAGUCGUGCCAAGGUAAAAUUAGAUUAUACUUUAAAAAAAAGCGGAAUAACUGUUCAUCACAGAUAGUUGCCUUGUUAUCCAACAAACUGGCUGAAGUUUUUUUCUCUAUUCAGUUACCCAUUGCGAAUCUAUUGUGUUCACAGAUAUUAAUGAAUGCAACGAUGAUGUUUGUGAUGCUAAUGCUAACUGUACCAACACUAAUGGUUCUCAUAAUUGCAUCUGUAAGGAAGGAUAUAUUGGAGAUGGACAGUCUUGCCAAUGUAUAUUAGAACAGCAAUACCUUAUGUUGAGCAAAGCACCUUUCCAUUACCAGUAUUGUCUUCGUAACUAGGCUAAUGAUCAAGAGGCAGUGCAAUGGUUUUCACGCCCCUACCUCGUAUUUCUAUUAAGUUACGGAUAUCAUAAUAUGCAUAGAUACACAGUUUUCGCUGGUUUAAAGUAUAAUACGUGCGGAUAUUUUACGAGUUGCUUAGAGUGUUUCCGAGCCCAGAAGGAACGAGGAUAAAAGAAGGCAAUGAGCAAGAUUUCUUCUCUUACCAUUGAAUAAGAGAUACAUCAUUCCACUAUUAUUAGGAUAUUUUUCUCGAAUAUGCGGCCACGCUCGAAUAACCACCCCCACCUUACCCUUCCCCUCCCUCACUUUUUUAAAUAGUAUAGAUACAAGGAAAAUAUGUUUCUAUUGCCACACUUUUUUAUAUAAUUAUUCAACCUUCAAUAACAGCGAAAUCUGUACAGCAAAAUUAUUUUAUUUUCCAUACGAAAAUAUUUUCCAUGUUCAUGUGGUUGCGGAGUUCCUUUAUGUAUUAUCGAUUAUUUUGAUUUUAUGUCCUAUUGCCGAGGUAACUUAAGAAGCGCCCCUCUCGACUAGUCGAAGACGCACCCCCCCUACAAAUAGGUGCUCCCUCCUCUCCCCCCCUUAGCCCAAGCGCUCAUUGAAAAUGUCUAAUAUUUCAAUUAUUAAAGUACAUACAACAUCACCUGAGGAACUAAACAUGUAUCUUGCGGAGUUUAUUCGCUCUUUUCGACUUAAAGACAGAGAAUAUUAUGAACCUUUAGGCUUAAUAUGCCUUGUUUCAAGUUCUGAGAGGUAUUUUGAUAUUUUUUGCAAGCUGUCAGUAUGUUGCAUUAUUUCUAUCGAGAAGGGAAAUUUAUAUGGUUUAUAUCUUUCAUGAUCGAUUUAUAAAUCAUUGUCUUAAGUCUGUUUAACAGUUAAUUGUCAUUAGAGACGAAUUAUCCCUCCUUAUAUACAUGUAAACUAGAUAAUAAACCUAACACUUCGUAAAAAGUCUGUCCAUAUGGUAUGUAAACAAUCGUUCAUACAUGAAAAUAUGCAGUGUGAUUUACAACUGUAGACAUGGCAGGUGGAGUGAAAUCCAAAAACGAACAACAUUUAUCCGGCGAAUCGUUAUUCUUAUGGCCAAAUCCAGUCCUCUGAAUGCGAUACAUCCAGUGGCUAUGUAUGUAUUGACCUCCAUGUUGUGAGUUGUGUCGAUCAGUAUUGAACUGAGACAUGAGAAGCGGCUGUGUUCACAGUCUAGAAACUGCACUUAUGUUAGUAAACUUGCACGUUACAAAUCUUUCCCAUCUCUAUCAACUGAGGACGUUAUCUUCUAGACAUUGAUGAGUGCAGUGAGGAUUUUGUCGUCAAGAUGAACGACUGCCAUCUGAAUGCCUCUUGCGUUAAUAUCCAGGGCUCAUACAACUGCUCUUGCAAUCCUACCUACAUUGGGAAUGGUUCUAUAUGUGAAGGUAAGUUUAUUAUUUUCAGUCUUCGUAACUUCAUAAUGUACGUCUAGUUAAAUGUUACCAAGGAGCGCGCAGUAUUAUUAGUAUUAUUGUUAUUACUAUAACUAUUAUUAUCAUUAUUAUUACUAUUUAACUUAAAUUUCUACAAUAUUUUUCGUACACCUAGAAACUCAAGAAAUGAACUUCUUAUAUUUUUCCUCCUUUUAUUUAUUUCUUUUUUAUUUCCAAUGUAAUUUAAUUAAGUUAAAGUAAAAUUGACCCCCUCCCUGUUUAGCAUCUGCUAUCUUUGGGUCAAAGGAAUGUGUUUUAUAUAUAUAAAUAUAUAUAUAUAUAUAUAUAUAUAUAAAUGUGGGGGUAGAGUCUACCUUAGCGUAAAGUGCUCAAUGUUGCGGUAGCAGAGCUAAGUAUACAUAAGUUAAAGAAUUAAAGAGGAUGCAUCGAUUCUCUGUUACUCUGAGUUUCCGCCUAAGCGCUCGUCAGACAGAACUUUAUUCGAAUAAAGUUUUGUCUGACGAGCGCUUAGGCGGAAACUCAGAUUAACAGAGAAUCGAUGCGUCCUCUUAAUUCUUUAACUUACGUAUAAAUAUAUAUAUGAUGAUGAUAUAAAUAUAUAAAUGAUGGUGAGGUGAAAGUGAGAAGUCCAUAGCUUCAAGUGAUUCCUUUGAGCUACGUCAUGAUAAAAAAGAUGAUAAGAUUACCCUUUCACAAUUAUUAUUGAACUUUUUAGCCGAUCCAUGUUAUAAUUACCGCAACCUAAGUGAAGCUAACAGACAAGUCAGUUACGUCACACCGCAUUAUUCAGAGUUAUGUGACAACUCACUCCCUGAGGGAUGGUAUCGUUUUGUGGGAGCUGCAGGAACAAAAAUGCCAACAACGCGUGUGCCAGCCUACAGAUGUGGUACAGUCUGGUCAGGCUGGUUGGAUGGUACUCAUCCUACAGUGGAAGAUGAUGAAGUUUCAAGAAAGGUCUGCUUUAGCGAUCGUAGCUCCGGUUGUAGACGUUCAAGCACAAUUUUCGUUAAAAAUUGUGGAUCAUUUUUUAUUUACAAACUUGCUCAGCAGCCUUUUUGUUCUUCCCGCUACUGUGGCACGGACUAAAUCCGAGUCUAAUAACUUCACAAAAUGAGAUACGCCAUAAAGAGAUUCUUGUGAACAAUGUACUUUACGACUUAUCGUAGCCCACUCCUUAUCGUAAUUGUUAAUACCAUCGUUAUAUUAGCUGGUGCAUAUUGCCAAUCUUUUUACGUCGGUGACGAACUGUUACAUGUUAUAUAUAUUAUAAGAGUUCUAAUGAUGCUGGGUAUCAAAUCUCAUUUGAUUGAUAAUUAAUGAGAACUGUCAAAGGUCCAGGUAGUGUCUUUAAUUAGAAAGUAAGUUUCUUGAUCCCAGAUACCGACGCUUCUGGUAUAAGUUGUCAUCCCAUAAAACAUCUGUUUAAAAGCUGGAUUAUUAGACAAUUACUAAAGUAUCUCGCCUCAAUGUUACCUUAAUACGUUUACUAUCAAUAAAUUCAUUAUCAUCUCUGGGUUAUUAAUUUAUCUGAAGUCUAAAAUUUUAUUAAAGGUAACAGAAGUAAUGGCUCCUUAGGUAAUUAAAGUGGCUGGAAACUGUUUUCCGAAACACCCAAAUGCUAAAGUUGUAUUCAAAGAGCUUGAAACCAACAUUCCUUCUUCAUAGUCGAACCAGUAUUACACAUGUGUUGACCAAAGGACUGAAGUUCUAAAUAGUGGACGUGGCAUAGCAAUCGAUAUUAUUAUACAAACGUCAUAGAGAAAUCCUGUUAAACAGUUUUUAGGGUCCGUCCAGGAAAUUUCUCGAUAUAUUUUACACAACUUCAGAGUUUUUCCUUCUGAGGAAAGGCCUCGCUGAUUAGUGCCUUUUAAUGAACUAGAAUUUUUUCGACAUUUACAUUUACCCCUUCACUCUCAUUGGUUUUCUCUUGCACCCUUGGUAUGAGGUCGCCUCUUCUUGCUAACUGUCUUGUGACUCUUUUUGCGCCAUUGCUUUUUCUAUGAUUUAGAGCUGAAUACCUUCCGUGUGACUUGAUACUUUCACGGAAUGGGGUGGACAGGCGGAGAAGUGGGUGAAACUUCCGCAAGUUAAGUCAUCUUUUAAUAGUUGACAACGGAAGCGAGUUUAUCCCCCCGGCCUUCCACUUCUCAUCCCAGUUUCUGGACCCCAAGGGUGCUCUCUAGAUAACGGAAUGCUUUAAAAGUAUGUUGCAUUUGCAUGAAAAAGGAUGGCUACUGAAACGAAGUCAACGGCAAUUCGGAAAAGUUUAUUUGGAUUUGGUGCACAGUUUUUGGAUGCCGUUGAGCCCGUGCAACCAUAUUUCGGAGAUAGGGUGGUUACCAAGCGCUGAACAUUGCUCGAGCUACAAUCUCAAGCCCAGGUUCAUUUUAGCUCCUUGUCAGCGGCUAAUUAUGGCUUACAAAUACAGGCGUUUGGUGUUAACUUGUUAAACUCCCUUAUGAAGUCUACGACAGUUAGACGAAACGCGUUGGAGAAUAAAGAAGUUUUACAGCUACUGUUCGCAGAGUGCUUCUCACUAGUUUAGUUUUAAAAAUAUAAUUUAAAAACUUUUUAAAAAAAUUUGACACCCCAAUUUGUUUGCAUAGACAGAGCAGAAUAUAAAAGUAGUACAUUGUGUAUAUCGCUAUUCUGAGUAUUGAUACAUGAAGAGGCCAUUAAGGUCAAUUGAGUAAAAUAAAUUUUUAGUUGAAGGCUUUUGACCAAUAUUUAGAUAAAAUUGAAGAUACUUAAUAUGGAAACUCCUAUUAAAUGGUUAAUUAGUGAGUGAAUCUACUGCUGUGACAAACAUAAUCAGUAGGUCAUCCAAGGUGAGUGAAAUUUGGGACAGCCUCGAUCCCAGCGUGCUUUGCAAAAUAAAAAAAAAAUUGAUUUGCUAUGAAGAUGCACCUUUAAAUAAAUAUCAAUGAUAUUUGAGAGAUGUUAUUGCAAACUGUACCAACACUAAUGGUUCUUAUAAAUGCACUUGUAAGGAAGGAUACAAUGGGGAUUAGAUUAGUCUAAACAGCUUUUGGCGUUAGUUAAUGACUAAGAAUCUAAACAGAUUUUCUUCUAUAUUAAGGUUUUUCUGGUAAAUAGUUUAUGUUAAUAGAUGUCGAUUAAUGUAACGAUAGACGCCAUACUUGUGAUGUUAAGGUGAAUUGUUCCAACGCCAAUAGUUCGUAUCAUUGCAUGUGUAAGGAAGGAUACACUGGAGAUGGACAGUCAUGUCAAGGUGAAAAAGAAUAGCUUACACCAUUGAAACGAGCAGCUUUGCUCGUAAACAAUUGCCCUUGAAAAUUGGCCCACAUUUCAGUGACCUGUUUCAACGCACUACUGUCGUAAUUCUAUGUAUUAACUUUUAUACGUUACUUAUGCUUCUAGAUAUCGAUGAAUACAGUAAUGGAAGCCAUGAUUGUGAUGUAAAUGCGAAUUGCAGAAUAGCUGUUCAUGACAAAUAAUUGCCUCGUGAUCCGAGAAACUGGUCAAGACUGUUUUUUCCUCUAUUCAGUUACCCUUUGCAAAUCUAUUGUGUUCACAGAUAUUGAUGAAUGCAACGAUUGCAGUCAUGUUUGUGAUGCUAAUCCUAACUGUACCAACACCAAUGGUUCUCAUAAUUGCAUCUGUAAGGAAGGAUACCUUGGAGAUGGACAGUCUUGUCAAGUAAGAUUGGAACUGCGAUACUUUAUGUCGGGCAUAGCAGCUUUCCAUAAUAAGUAUUGUCUUUAUAACUAGGCUCAUGAUCAAGAGGCAACGUAAUGAUUUUCACGCCCCGAUCUCGUAUUUCUAUUACGUUGCGGGUUUAAUCGUACAGAUUAAAAGAUAUAUUUUACAGGUUGCUUAGUAUUUUUCCGAGCCUGGAAGGAACAACGAUAAAUAAGAGCAAUGAACAAGAUUUAUUCUCGUAUUACAUUAAUAAACCAUCGAAUAAGGGAUUUAUCAUUCCACUAUUACUUGGAAUAUUUUUCUCGAAUGUGCGGCCACGCUCGGAUAACCUUAAGCCUUCUCCACCCUCGCUUUUUAAAAUAGAUACAAGAAAAAUCUGUUUUUACUCCCACACUUUUUUUUUACAACUUUUCAGCCUUCAACAACAGCAGGGUCAGUACAGCAGAAUAAUUUUAUUUUCCAUACCAGAUUUUUCUAUCUUUAUGUACUUGCAGAGUUCCUUUAUGCAUGAUCUAUUCUUUUGAUUUUUGUCCUAUUGCUAAGGUAACUUAAGUAGCGCCCCUACCGACGAAUCGAGGAAGCGCCCUCCCCACAAAUAAGUGCCCCCUCCACCCAGUUUUAGCCAAAAUUUCCAAUAAGCGCCCAGGCGCUCAUUGAAAAUCUCAAUUUUUUCAAUAAUUGAAGUACACAAAAUAUCGCCUGAGGAACUAAAAAUGUAUCUUGCGGAGUUUAUUCACUCUUUUCGACAUAAAGACAGAGAAGAUAAUGAACCCUCAGGCUUCACAUGCCUUGUUUCAAGUCAUGAAAGGUGUUUUGAUAUUUUUUGCUAGCUGUCAGUGUGUUGCAUUAUUUCUAUUGAGAAGGGAAAUUUAUAUUGUUUGUAUCUUUCAUGAUCGAUUUAUAAACCGUUGAUUUAUUUUUUAACAAUUAAUUGUCAUUAGAGAGGAGAAGAAUUUUGGUUCACGCCGUGCGAAAUGUUGGACAUAUAUAUAUUCCUUUAUCUGAAAAUCUGUCUGAUGAUCUCGUAAGGGUGAAACUCAGAGUCAGAUAAAAGUUAUGUCUUAUUGAUUUGUCCAACUUUCAGAUACGCAUACGCAUAGAGCACUAUACUGCAAGGAUAGACUAUAAUCAAGAUUUAUUUAUAUAUCCCUUUUUAAAUAUACUGAGUUAAAAAAUUCCGUCUCUCUUGCACUGUCUCCGCACCGGAGGCUUACUACAUUGCUGAUACUAAAAGGAAGGGUACUAUAUAUAACUCCGUUUUAACUUGUUCGUUGCUUGUUACAAAUCUUUACUAUAUCUCUCAACUGAGGACGUUCUCUUUUAGGCAUUGACGAGUGUAGUGAGGUUUAUGGCGUCAAAAUGAACGACUGCCAUCCCAAAGCCUCUUGCGUUAAUACCCAGGGCUCAUACAACUGCUCUUGCAAUCCUUCCUAUAUUGGUAAUGGUUCUAUACGUGAAGAUAAGUGCCAAUGUACGUCCUGUUAAAUGUUACCAAUGAGCGCGCAGAGUUGGUAACACGUAUAUUCGAUAAAGGGAAGCAUAAAUCCGUGUAACCUAAUACGCUAAGAAAUUAAAGUCACGAUGAAAAUUUCUCUGCGCUAAUGUAAUUUAACUUUGUAGGCGAUCCGUGUUAAAAAUGCAAAAAUCUGAGUGAUGCCACCAGAAAGAGCAGUUACUCAACACCGGUACAGGGACUAGCCUUUUUAUCAGGGGUGGUGGGGAUGGUUAGGGUAUUUGUCUUUGACUGGAAAAGUUUUGGGAUAAAUCAUACAUGUUACUCACCGGAGAACUCACGAAACUUGGAAUAGUUUUUAAUUCUGAAAAAGAACAGUUGAAAUUUUUUUCUUGUUAUAAUUAUAAUUAUUAUUAUUGUUUUAUUUAUCAUUAUCAUUAUUAUUAUUUAACUUUAAUUUCUACAGUAAAUUUCUUACACUUAGAAGAUCAAGACCUUUUCUCCUUUAUUUAUUUAUUUUUUUGAGCAUCUUGAGUAUCUUUUAAUGUCUUUUUACGUGAUAUUUCUUCAUGUCUGUAUUAUUUUCAUAAUUGUGAUAAGAAAAGUAAUUUCUUUCUCUUGUGACGAUAAGUUUUCGCGCCCCAAAACUGGAAAAACUGAAUCUUCGCGGACGGCACAAUAACAACUGGGGGGAAUAACUCGAUAGAGACCACUUGGCAGCGAGAACGGAAACUCGUCACGAUUUCCUGGUACACGGAGAUCUACUUCGAGCGAGCUAAUACGGACGUCAAGGAUAAGACAAUCUUGGGUUCCACAGUACUUUUAUUCUAGGUCAGGCCAACAAGCGACAUGACCUCUAGCAUACUCUAGCUUGUAAUCAUCGAAGCUGUACAAGGUACUUGCUUAAGAAGUAACUGGUGUGAGGUGCUAUUGUUACACAAAUCGUAAUAUUUGAAUAAGGACACAAAGGAGCGGAAAAAAGUCUCUUUGAAGUUAAACGAAAACUACUUAAAUAUUCCAUCUGUUUCUACGACGGAAAGAAUCUCAAAAUUAAAAAAGACGGAUGCAAUAAACUCUAGGCCAUUAAAGUAGGAAACCUAGGUGCGAUUUUACAGCUCUGAUAUAGAAAACAAUACCUAUCUUAAUUGCAGUAGCGCAGCUCAGGAAAUAAAAAAAACGGAAAAGCAAUUAAAAGUUUCUACUUAUUUAUGUAAGGUUGGUUUGGAAACCAUCUCAUGAAAAGAAAUCAAAUUUACGACUAUAAACUCAGCUCCUAUCUACCAUGAAAACCAAUGUUUCCAGAAAGACCAUUAACACUUACAUUUACCUAAAAAACCCAUGUAAUAAAUGACAAAAGUGCCGACAAGCAGGUGCAUAUGAUGAAAGCGAGUAACAACAAAAAUCUAUUCAAAAGCUACUGUGGUUUUUAUGCAUUUUUUGAUUUAUUAAAAUGAAAGGAAUUGAAAUGAUUAAAUGUGAAAGUUUACGAAUAAAUAUGUUUCGAAUAACACACACGGGAAAAGUCAGUAAAUUUUCCCGUAACACUCUUUCUUUUUUGUUAUUAUUAUUUAACUUUGAUUUGUAGCCGAUCCGUGCUAUAAGUAUCAGAGCCUGAGUGAUGCCACUAGAAAAAGCAAUUACAUAACACUCGUUGAAGCGUCGCUAUGUGACAAGCUACUCCCAGGGGGCUGGUAUCGUUUCGUAGGAGUUACUGGAACUAAAAUGCAGAGAACGCGUGUGCCAGCAUACAGAUGUGGUACAAUGUGGUCAGGCUGGUUUGUUGGUGCUCAUCCUGCAGUGGAAGAUGGUGAAAUUUCCAGGAAGGUCUACUUUAGCGAUCGUUCUACAGGUUGCAAAUAUACAAUCAAGAUUUUAGUUAAAAUGGUGGAUCAUUUUACAUCGAAAAACUGGCUCAGCCCCCUAUUUGUGAUUCCCGCUACUGUAGCACGGACUAAACAUGAGUCUAAGAACUUCACAAAAUGAAAUACGUCAUAAAUAGGUCCUCGUGAACAAUGUACUUUACGACUUACCGUAGUCCACUCCUUAUCGUAAUCCUUAAUACCAUCGUCAUAACCUGGUGCAUAUUGUCAAAUUUUUACGCCGGUGACGAACUGUUAAAUGUUAUAUAUAUUAAGAGUGCUUAUGUUGGUGGGUAUCAAAUAUCAUUUACAUCAUUUACGAAGACUUCUUGCCUGCAAAAAAUGAUAAGUGAAAACUGUCAAAUUCACCUAACCUUUCCAUCACCUUAUACAUUGUUUACUGAUAGCAUUUUACAUUUUUGACAAGUUGCUUUAUUAUUUCAUCAAGAGUUCUAACACGCCCUCGUAUUCAAUAAACUGUUCUAUUGUUCAUCGGUUUGGUCGGAUGCAGCAACUGCACAUCUACUUAAGCUUCAAGCUGUACAGAACUUCGCCGCCCGGAUCAUCAGCAACACCAGGAAGUUCGACAACGUAACCCCAAUCUUGAAAGAUUUACGCCGGCAGCUCCCAGUCAAAUCGCAGCUACACUAUCGCGAUUCCGUACUUGCAUUCAAAUGUAUGUCUGGUCUAACGCCCUCUUAUCGUGCCUUGCUUUUCUUAAAGCGAGGAGAGGUAAGUGGUCGCGUCACUCGAAAUUCCCACCUUCUUAAUUUUCCCUUGUUUUUAGAGCGCUAUAGAACAAAAGACCUUUUCAUAUCGGACAGUUUUGUUAAAGCCGUGAUUUAGACAAUGAUUUCAAGCUGUAUAAUAUUGUAACUUAAACAUUGACAGUUUUUACCAGUAGAUUCUUGUGCGCUCCUCCUCUUUCUUGGGACUCUCUCCAUUUCCCAUGCCCCUAGCCAGUUGAUGACUUGCGCUGGGUUGGCGCGAAAGUUGUUCCUGUUGUCGUUUUCUUUCUUUUCACUUUCUUUUAAUGACGGCGGCUUCUAGAGUCCUGCGGUUAGUCGCUACUUACACAUGCAUAACGGGGAGUGAUAAUCCCGCAAUAAAGUGCAGAGUUUUAUCGACGUUUCGAGGUUUUGAAGAAUUAAGAAGUGGGUACUAAAAGAAAGAGAGGAAAAAAGGAAGAAAGGAAGAAAGGAAGACGGAAGAGGAAAAUGAAAGAAAGCGAGAAAAAAAGGCAAAGCAAAGAAAAACUACUCAUCAGCUAUUUUCUUUGGACAAGGAGAGGAAACCGAGUUCCUAACGUACUGGAAAUACCUAAAAGCAACAUGUGGCUCGAACAAUCGAGAUUCAAGGUCACAUUUAUGCAUAAAACAUCACGCAUGUGACGAAACUGAAACUCGAAACUGAAAGACACGUCGACAAACAGACUUUUAGAAUUGAGAAAAUGCUGUGUUAACCUUUCAUGAUCAUAAGCUAAAACUUCGAAUGAAGGGACUCAUCUGCCUGAUGAUGUUUUUACGCCAGUAACUUUGUUUCUCAGCAUCUUGAUUGUGAAGUUAAUCCUGCAUCCACGCCUAGAGAUCUCAUCUGAGAUGACGUCGUCAGAAAACGAGACUAUCUCUUUGGAUCAUAUCCAUCCAAAACCUGCAAAUCUUGGAGAACAACUUUCAAUUACGGGAAGCAGAGAUCUAUUGACAGCUGCCAAUCGUUCUUCUAGAUCCCGCCGAAGAAUUAUGGUCAUUCUUGUUGCUAUUGCAGUGGCAAUUUCUGCAAUCAUCGUGGCAGUGUUCAUUGGAAAAUACGUUUCGGAAUACCUUAGUGGUGACCUUGUUUCUGGCGCACAGCUGUUUUCAAACGAGGCGCUCAUCAUUUUUAGAACCAGCAUGUUUACCAACACGAGGAUCCUUCUUUGCAAAAGCGCCGAAUUCGUGUAACUAUGUUGAUGAUACAAGAUAUAAUGAUCCAAGGAAUGAUUUCUAGUUUUUGCGAGAGCAUGUAUUUGAGUUAUUUUCGUUUUCAAUCAAACGCGUGGCAAGAUGAGGGUGUGAUAUUUUUUCUCUCACAAGUCUCACAACGAAGAAGGUGCGAGUUUUUUUUUAUUUAUCUUUUGCAAAAAAAAGCAGGUCCUGCUUAAAAGUAAGUCUCUCUCAUUUAAAACUGUCAGAGUUUUACAGCGGAUUUUAACAAUCUUUGUUAAAAGUAAGGAGCUGUCAACAGCUUCUCCAAAUUUUCGUAGAGAGUAGGCGCUGGCGCAGAGCUGUUUUCUAACGAAGGGCUUACUUUCUGGAACCAACAAGUCUACCUAGGAAGAGGAUUCCUGUUUUACAAAAGCACAGAAUUCUUGCAACGAUGUUGAUGACACAAGAUGUAUUGAGCGAGGAAAUUAUCUCUAGUUUUUGAGAAAACAUCUAUUUUGAGUUAUUCUCGUUUUCAGUCAAACGCGCGGCAAGACGAGAGUGUGAUAUUUUACUCACAAGUCUCACAAUGGAGAAGUUGCGAAUUUUUUGUUUUUGGCUUGUUCUGUAUUCUCUUUCGGAGAAAAAAAAAGCAGGUCUUGCUUCAGCUUACAUAGUUUUACGAUGGAUUCUAACAGUCUAUUAAAAUUAUAAAGCUAUCAACAGUUUUCCCAAAUAUUCCCUUUGUAGAAAGCGGACGUUCGGACUUUAUGUUUGUUCUCAAUCAACCAAGGCGGCAUUUAACGAAUCAAGGAGUGUGAUUUUUUUCGCGUGUUAAGUUUUUGCUGGGCUUAUGCAUUUACGCUAAGGUAAGCAAAUUAUGGGAGGCGAUUGCGCAGCGCUUUAUGCAAACUAAGAAAAUAGGAUAACUUUCGUAGCGCGAAAUUCGAUUGCCCUAAAAUUUGGUAGAUGAAUCUGAGGGAUGUGAUUGAAUACACGUAACCUGUUGAGCAAAAAAAAAAGGAAGAAACUAGCAGAACAUGACUAUGCGAAAAAAAUCUCAUCUCCUGCUAUCACACAAAAGGAUGAAUAAGUAUCAAUUAGAUGUCGGUUUUUGUAAACACAAAAAAAUUGUGGGAGGAGAUUAUUCACUUUUUCUUGCUUACGAGGCGCGAAAUUUAAAUAUACUCGGAUUGAAUAGUCGAGUCGAAUGGGAGAUUGACGAACGUGUGCAACUAUUUCCACUCGCCAUUGUUUUUUUUUAACUCCUUUCGUUGAAUUGAAAUACGGAAAGAGAAAGAUACCCGUAAAAAUACAUGAAUUAACGACGCGCGAGGCUUCGGACGUUAUUACCAGGUUUAAAUCACACGCUAGAGGAAGGAGAAUAUGAACCUUUUUGUGCACGUCAGGAACAAAAUCUCAUUCACCCAGCGCGAAAUUUAAAUACCCGCACAUUAAACAAUCGAGCAAAUGACGAUAGUCUCCUACAUGAUUCAACGGCGUGGUAGGCUUCCGUCGUUAAUACCAGGUUACACACGCUCUCAUCACUUUUGUAUCGCACAGUGAGCCUCUAAUUGAAUAUAUCUUUCGCCAGUUUUAAACAAUGUAAAGGAAAAAAAGGUGACAUCUCUUUACUUCAGAUACGAAAGCUACAGUCGCCCCACCAUCCACCCCACCGUGACUAUUUGCAUCCUUAAAAAUCUACCAGAAUCACCCCCACGGGGAGGAUUUGUCGUAUCAUCAGUUUUGCCGAUGGUUUAAAUCUGCCGCUCGUAUAAUAAUCGGAAAUUUUGAAAAAUCCCGCGUGUAUUUUAAAGCUGUUUCCGCCAUUGUUCCAAGGUAGCCAUAUACGGUCAUUGUAAUUGAUAAACAAAGCCUGCUCAACUUUCAGGUGAUCCGCUUUUCUUAAUACGAGUAUCAGAUGUCACUCAAUUUUUUGUAUUUAUUCAGAAGUCAACAAUAAAAACGACGUCUUUGAACAAAAGAUAGAAGUUGGUGGAAAUUUUAGCACAUCGAUGUGCCAUUGUCGAUGUCCUAGUAGUAGAAAUUAAUCGUCUCAUUCUUACGUAACACCAUAAGCUAGCGGACAAAAUUAAUCAAUAGAUCUAUGGAAAAGACGAUAAAGUAAGUAUUCCGUUUAUCAUGUAAAUGGUAAGCCAAUAAAGGAAACAUGUAGGAGCACUUUCGUCCGCGUUGUCCAAACCUUGCCAGAUUGAUUUUUCAAAUUCGAUAUCACAAUAUCGAUAUCGAUAUCAAAAAAUUUUUACCGUUUUAUCGAUAUCAAAAGCUUCGUAAAUUUAAAAAAGAAACCAAUUUCUAAAGAAAUCGUAAAGCUGGCGUUUUUGUCCUCUCAUCGAUGUUAGAGUAUGAGCGAUAAGUUUUAAACGAGCUUUGAAAUUCAAAGACAAGCGAUCCACUGACAGAACACGUACGAGCACAUAAGCAACUGCAAUGCUGCUUAAGAGAAUUCCAGACGUAAGCUUGCCUAGAUACGCAUGGUUAAUAAGAUGUCUAUUUCGACUUUUAAACAAAGAGUGAAGCAAAAGUGUGACAAAAGUGUCGUACAUGCGUGACAUUUUUAAAACGUUACAUUUAAGAGUACGUGUUGUGUAUGAUGGUCAUAGAUUAAGAGCUAAAUCUACGAGCUGAGUUCUUGUAAGUUUUGCACACGAAUUUCGGUUCUUGAGUCCAUGCUAUUUGAUGUAGAAGGCAGAAAUAGCAGCUCUAAUUUCACUUUAAUGGCGUCUUCAAUUGUAGGGUAUCACGAUGACAAAUGGCAAGUUCACUCGAAUAAUUUGCUUUUCCUUGAUAAUUUAUUACUUAUAUAGCGCAAAAUACAUGUGGAUAUGAUCUAAUGCCCUUGUGUAGGCCAGAAAGGAGACUUUGUUUUGAUAUUUGGUUUUCUUAAACUCAAGAUUGCACUGAGUUAUAAGUUCUUCGGACAACAAUCAGGCCAAAACGAUGUCAUAUUUCCUCCCAGGGUUAAGGUAAAAAUGAAUGUUUUCACGCGCUUGUGUUGUUCCUCUAUUAAGCUACCUUUUUCUACAUUACUUGUGUCCCCAGGCAUCGACGAGUGCAGCACUGGAAGCUAUGUAUGUUACAUAAAUGCGAACUGUACUAAACUGACGACUCUUAUAUCUGCGCCUGUAGGGAAGGAUACACUGGAGACGGGCAUUCAUACCAAGGUAUUUUCACUGCAUUUGACCUUGCAAAUAGCAGAAUAAAGUUUCUCAAAAAUAAAAAAAAACUCUUUCCAUUAAACUUAGAAAUUUGAUGUUUUUUUCUCUGUCUAGUAACAUUUGGCAAUUAAUUUUUGUUCACAGAUGUCAAUGAGUGUAGCAAUGGCAACCAUGUUUGCCAUGUUAAUUCGAACUGUAAGAACACAAAUGGUUCUCAUAUUUGUACCUGCAAAGAAGGAUACAUUGAGAUGGACAGUCAUGUCAAGGUGAAUAAGAGUAGCCUACACUAUUUAAAAUAAGCAGCUUUGCUCAUAAGCUAUCGCCCAUGAAAAUUAGCUCUGAUUUUAGAGGCCUGUUUUCACGCACCACUAUCGUAUUGUUUUAAAAUUACUUUUUAUACAACACUAACGUUGCUAGAUAUCGACGAAUGCUGCAAAGGAAGCCAUGAUUGUGACAUAAAUGCAAAUUGUACAAACAUUAAUAGCUCCCAUAGCUGCACCUGUAAGGAAGGAUAUAUUAAAAAAAGGAGAGUCAUGCCAAGGUAAAAUAAGAUUAGACUUGUCAUCCAACAAACUGGUUAAGAUUUUUUUCUCUAUUCAGUUACCCUUUGCAAAUCUAUUAUGUUCACAAUGCAACGAUGAUAGCCAUGUAUGUGAUUCUAAUGCUAACUGUACGAACACUAAUGGUUCUCAUAGCUGCAUCUGUAAGAAAAGAUACAUUAUAAAUGGACAGUCUUGCCAAUGUAGAUUAAAACAGCGAUACUUGAUGUCGAGCAAAGCAGCUUUCCAUAACAAGUAUUGUCUUCGUAUCUGAGGUUAUGAUCGAGAGGUAGCGUAAUGAUUUUUACGCCCCGACCUCGUAUUUCUAUUAGGUUUCGAGUUUCAUCAUAUGCAUACAUUCACAUUUUUCGAUGUUUUAGAAUAUAAUACGCGCGGAUAUGCAGUCUUGCCAAUGUAGAGUAGAACAGCAGUACUUGAUGUUGAACAAAGCAGCUUUCCAUGACAAGUAUUGUCUUUAUAACUGAGGUUUUGAUCAUGAGGCAGCGUGAUGAUUUUCACGCCCUGACCUCGUAUUUCUAUUAAGUUACGGGUUUUGUCAUAUGCGUGCAUUAAAAUUUUUCGAAAGUCUAAAAUAUAAUAGGCGCGGAUAUUUUACGAGCUAGACGCUAAACAUGUAUCUUGCGGAGUUUAUUCGCUCUUUUCGACUUAAAGACAGAGAAGGUUAUGAACCCUCAGGCUUAAGAUGCCUUUUCUCAAGUAUUUAGAGGUAUUUUGUUAUUUUGGGACAGCUGUCAGUAUGUUGCAUUAUUUCUAUCGAGAAAGGAAAUUUACAUGGUUUUUAUCUUUCAUGAUCGAUUUAUAAACCAUUGUCUGUUUGACAAUUAAAUGUUAUAAAAGAGGAUUAACUCUCCUUACGUACAUAUAAAUUAUAUAAUAAACUUGAUACAUUACGUUAAGUCUUCCCUUACGAUAUAUGAACAAUCGUUGCUUUAUAUCAAAAAUCUUACUCGUUUGCGUUCACUCGCUCGACUUCCGAUACUAUGUACUACAAGAUAUUGAUGAGUGCCUCAGUAGAAGCCAUGCUUGUGACGUGACUGCGAAUUGUACCAACACUGACGGCUCCCACAACUGCACCUGUAAGGAAGGAUACAUUGGGGACGGACACUCAUGCCAAGUUAUAAUAAUAAAAUUAUACUAAGCAAAUAGCAGAAUGAAGUUUCUCACAAAUAAAAAAAAAUCUCUUGCGUUAAAAACAGAAAUUUGAUGUUUCUCUCUGUCAAGUAAAGUUUUUCAAUUCAGUUUUGUUCACAGAUAUCAAUGAGUGUAACGAUGGCAACCAUGUUUGCGAUGUUAAUUCGAACUGUAACAACACAGAUGGUUCUCACAUUUGUACCUGCAAGGAAGGAUACACUAGAGACGGACAUUCAUGUCAAGGUAAAUAAGAAUACCCUACACUUUUUAAAACAAGCAGCCUUGCACAUAAACAGAAAAGAAAAGAGCUAUAUGCGGAAGGUUUUACUUUUAAGAGCAGGAUUUGAUUUUUUUUUUAAAUUCAAAAUCAUUAUUCUUAUUUGCAAUAUUCAUUUUUUUAGUUUCGACGGAUUCUCAGGGGAUGGUUGUUACGUAGGAGGAGCAACUCAAAGGACACAGUCUGCAGAUGCAAUCAUUUCACGCAUUUUGCUGUCUUAGUUGACUUCAGAGGCGACGCGGAGGCAUAUUUUUCCUUUUUAAGGUACUUUACUCUCAAUAAAUAAGUGUCAUGCUCCGCGAAAAACUCUAUUGUCCAUUUUCACUUUUGCCACAGCUCUCCAAGAAGGACGUUACUAUUCUGGAGAUAAUCACAUACGUCGGAUUAAGCCUUUCCAUCGUCGGAAUACUUUUGACCAUAACGCUGUAUUCUUUUCUCUUGUAAGUAUACUGCUUCCAAACAAUCAGUGUUGCGCUUUCUUACAUGACUUUCACGAUGUAAAAAUCAGGCCAGUACGUGCAUAAAUAGAUUAGAUAACUCUAAGCGACUGAAGUAAAACGCAACCGUGCUAAUUUUUAGAAUCAAAUGCGCGCAACAGAUGUUGAGCACAGCACUAUCACAGAGUGUUCAGAUUCAUCUUCCUUCAGUCUCUCGAAACAACCAGGGAACGUUUUCAAAAUAGCUUUGGUAUUAAGUUUCUAUUGAUUUUCUUCCUCUGCUUGACUCAUGCUUUCAAUUCUUAUUAUUGCUCUUCACUUGUGUUUCUAUUGGUUCCUCGAGCUUGCUCCCUGGCUUUGUUUUGCUUUUGUUUAUGCACUGCACAUAAACAUGAUAUUCACUUUUACUAGAGAUGUUCGACAACCACUACCUCAAUUACGACUUGACUUUGUGUGCCCCUCGGAGCUGGACAAAUCAUCUUUCUCUCUGGAAUAAACGCCACAGGAAAAAUGGUGAGUGGCUAUAUAUUAUUGGUGGAAUUCCUUCAAAGACGUCAUUCUUGAACGAAACGUGAAACCAAGAAAAAAUGAAUUUUCUGGUCUUUCCUCUCCUUUCUUUUGCAGACAGCGUGUAUCACAUCAGCAGUUCUUAUGCAGUAUUUCCUGAUGGCCGCUUUCUGUUGGAUGCUGGUAGAGGGAAUUUAUCUUUACCUUCUUGUUGUGAAAGUUUAUAAAAUCAGCGACAAGAUGUAUAUUUAUCACGUCGUGUCAUGGGGUAUGUUAGUUGUACAAUUGUAUUUAUUAUGUUGUUGUGAAUUAUUUUGUUAACGAACUGUAUCAUUUGGAUCGCUAUAUGAUUCUAAUUUGUGAUAGGUUUGCCCGUCAUCGUGGUGGCCAUUUCAUUAAGCAUAGCAGCUGGAGCAGCAGAUGGGAUACAGAGCUACAUCAGUGAUGACUAGUGAGAUGGAAUUUUAAAGUUUCUUUUUCUCCCCUCAACCCUUUUGUAUACUUUUUUGUUGAGGUUUUGACUUGAUUUCAUCUUUUCUUUCCCCUCUUCAUUAUCAUAGUGAGUCUGCCCUCUAUUUCCUUUGAUUCUCGAAACCUUUUAUCCUUUUAGGCCAGCUUCUGACAUAUAUAUUUUUUGUUAUAGAACUGUUGCUGUUCAUCGUUGUUUUACAAUAAACGUUUUAUAAGUGAACGUUUAAUAGUUUGUCGCACGAUGUAAGAGUCAAUCUACUCAAUCGUGUAUCGAUCGCGAAAUCGAGAUCAAUAGACGAUUUAUCAACUUGACUCUUACAUUGUGAGAAAAACUAUUAAAUGUUUAUUUAUGGUUAUUUUCAUAGUAUGGAUGUUACUCUCUGUCUUCCCUGUCAGGAAGAUUGGGAAACUGAAAUCCACCAGUAUUUAAAAUUUUUUGCGCUCUUUUUUGAUGUUUUUUUUCCUUUUCCUUCUUAGUUGUUGGAUGUCCUCAACUAACAAUCUGAUCUGGAUAUUUGUCACAUUUGUGGUUAUCGUUGAAGUUGUAAGUUUCAGAUUUGAACCAAUAUUUUUUCUUUUGACGUUGUCAUUUGCGAUUCUGGUUUGAGACAUAAUAUAUGUAACAGCCCUACCUCAAUAGAACAGUGUUUUCAUCUCUCCUCUUUCAGAUUAACAUUUUGAUUCUCACUCGAGUCAUAAGGGAGAUGACCAAAAUGCAGCCAAGAGGAGGAAAGCAAAUUCAGCAAAUACGGUAUGAACGAUUUCAAAAUUACGAUUAAAAGACGGAGAGUUUGUGCCGAAUAUUAGAUCAAAAUAUUAUCAAAUUCCUACAUUUGAGACCUGGUAAUAUUGAUACAUUUUUCAAUUUUUUAAUGAUAUUCGCUUAACGUUAUGGAGAAUUCUGAUUACCAGAAAUAUCCUUGAAGAAAAGAUACAAAUUAAUAAAUCCCCAUAUCUCAAAUUAUCAUCCUCCUUCAGACUUGGCAUUAGAACAUGCGUCGUGAUGACUCCCUUGCUGGGUGUAACGUGGUUAUUUGGAUUCCUUUCGCCUGCACACAAAACUUUCGCCUACAUUUUCACCAUACUCAACUCCACUCAGGUGAGUUUUAGUCCGACUAGUUUUUUAUCCAUUUAAAGAGUUUAGAUUACGAUACAGUAAAAAAUUUUUGCUAUGAUAAUUGCAAAAUAAGACAUACGAUGAUAAAGUUAAGAAAAAAGAAAAAAAAAGAGAAAAAUACUUUCUGCUGCUUUUUUGUCAUUCUCGUAACUUAAGGGGUUAUAUGGUGUGAGUGACUGAACUUACGUCACUGUACUCUAAGAUAUUAAAACAAAAACUAAAAAGAAAACAAACAAAGAAAACAAAACCUCUCUUUAUCUAACCCUGAAUUGCAUACUGUUUAAAAAAAUGACACUGAAAACGAGUUCCUUUGUCUUUUAAGGGUUUCCUGAUUUUCAUUCUUCACUGUGUGCGAAAUGGUCAGGUAAGUUUAAUUUUAAAAGAAUAAAUAUGGUAUAGAUAAUGAGGUUUUAAAAAUUUACUAUACAAGUGUAAAAGGAUACAUUGGUAUGCCUUCUUUUCCUUAGAUUAGAGUAAGAAAAAGAAAGCUUUCAAAUUACUUGUUUAUCUGCAGAUUAAAGAGCGAUUCAAUAGAAAGAUGAGUAUCAUUUUUUCCAUCCCAAAACAUUGAAUGGAUUUUUAUCGAUUACUCGCUUUUACUAUGCACCUGCUUGUCGGCACUUUUGUCAUCUAGUACAUGGUUUUUUUUAGGUAAAUAUAAGUGUUAAUGGUCUUUCUGGAAACAUUGGUUUUCAUGGUAGAUAGCAGCUGAGUUUAUACUCGUAACCUUAAUUUCUUUUCAUGCGAUGGUUUCCAAACCAAUCUUGUAUAAAUAAGCAGAAACCUUUAAUUGCUUUUUCGUUUUUUAUUUCCUGAGCUGCGCUACUGCAAUUAAGAUAGGUAUUGUUUUCUAUACCAGAGCUGUAAAAUCGCACCUAGGUUUCCUACGUUAAUGGCCUAGAGUUUAUUGCAUCCGUCUUUUUUAAUUUUGAGAUUCUAUCCGUCGUAGAAACAGAUGGAAUAAUUAAGUAGUUUUCGUUUAACUUCAAAGAGACUUUUUCCGCUCCUUUGUGUCCUUAUUCAAAUAUUGCGAUUUGUGUAACAAUAGCACUUCGCACCAGUUACUUCUUAAGCAAGUACCUUGUACAGCUUUGAUGAUUACAAACUAGAGUAUGCUAGAGGUCAUGUCGCUUGUUGGCCUGUCCUAGAAUAAAAGUACUGUGGAACCAAGAUUGUCUUAUCCUUGACGUCCGUAUAAGCUCGCUCGAAGUAGAUCUCCGUGUACCAGGAAAUCGUGACGAGUUUCCGUUCUCGCUGCCAAGUCGUCUCUACAGAGUUAUUUCCCCCAGUUGCUAUUGUGCCGUCCGAGAAGAGUCAGUCCUCCAGUUUUCCAGUUAGCGGGCGAAAACUUAUCGUCACAGCAAUUAAGUCUUGAAAAAAAAAAAGGCAUAUGAGAAAGUAAUCUGGAGAACUUUAUAAUCAAUUUACUUUAUCAACUACAGUAAAGAUAGUGCAGUCGUCACGUUUCCGUGUAUGGAGUGAUGCUUCAAUGACACAUCUUCAAGAUAGUCGAGACCUCUAACACACUUCAGUGUCUUAAGGCCUGUAACGACGAGAAAAGAUGUCAAAGCUUCAACUUCGUCGUUUCCAAGAGCAUCUGUGAGAUGAAUAACCGCACCAAGGAAGCCAGACCUGAAGACUUCGUCCCUGACUCUGAUCGGUAUUAUUGUGGAAGAGUUAGAAACCGAGGUUUGUUAUUAGUAAGAGAAAGAGCGAAAUUAAAACAUUUCGAGAGAGAGAUGCUGACCUUUCUGCUAUAGCUGAAAGCAGGCUUUGGACAAUAUUUUUUAUUGUUAUUUGUACCCUCGAACAGAAAGUUGAUCUCGAUACUAAAAGUUAUCUUUUAAGUAUGUUUUGUGUAACUGGAAUGUUUUAUUCAUUAUCAUUAUCUAGUUAUUUAAAAAUUUCUUAUACAUUUAUUUAUUUAUUUAUCUGUUUCUCUAUUUGUUUGUAUUUUCUUAUCAAAAUCCUUUACUUUUUUCGUAGUUUAAGUUCUGUGAAUCAUCCGCAACUGUCAGUUUCUUCUUUCAGAAACUUUACUGUAAACAUAUUCUUGUCAUUGUUCAGUUCCACUGGGAUCCAUUCCCGAGCUUCCUGCUGAAUCGUGUAAAGAAAUUAAGGCCAGUGAAGGAGAACAAGCGGUCAGCGGCAACUACUGGUUUAAAUCAGAUCUACUUAAAUAUGCUGUUUUGGUUUACUGCGAUAUGAAAACAGAGGGUAAAGCAUAAACUUGCAAAGUGAAAUCGAAAUCAAUCAUUAUUCAUUCUUUAAUUCACUGAUAAAUGCAAUCAUUUAUUUUCCUCACUCACUCGUUCAAUUUCUCCCUGGAUGAAUGCAGGGAACGUUCAGUUUUGUUCCUUUCUAUAAAAUUAUUAUAAUAAUAAUGAGAUGGUUAUGGGAUUUAGCAGUGGACAUUCCACGAGGUAGCCCUUCUUUGAAAAGUUUGUUUGGAAAACCAGAGGACCCGGGGAAAGAUUUGCGUAGCUACGACGAAAACCAACAACAAACUCAACCCACACGUGACACCAGGUCUGGGAAACAAACCUGGGCCACAACGUUGGGAGUCGAGCACUCUCACCACUGCGCCAUCCCAGCUCCUCCAGAAAGAAACAGAAUUUUGAACUAAUUGUUUACGUUACAAUUGCUAUUAAAUUUGUGCUACAGGUAUUGACGAGUGCACUCAUGGAAUCCAUGACUGCCUCAACGAAUCGGCAAACUGUUUUAAUACGGUUGGAUCGUACAACUGUGUUUGUAAAGAUGGUUACCAGGGCGACGGAAAAACCAUUUGCACGCCAGAGGGUUAGUAGUUUAGCAGCACAAAAGUUAUAAAUUGUGACGAUGAAGAGCUUUAGUUUUGCUUAAUAGUUUUUUCUUUUAUAUAACUAUUUAGAAUGUUUAAGCUUCUCACUUCUGACCAGUGGAACAAGGAAAACUACCUACGACACAUCCCCGGGAAAAGAAUCUUGCGACAACGACCUCAGUGCGGGCUGGUUUCGUUUCCAAGGAGAUGCAGGAACGAAGAUGCCAGCCAAAUGUGUACCUUACAAAAAGUGUGGCACUGACUCCACGGGUUGGCUAGACGGUUAUCAUCCAACAGUAGCUGAUGGAAAGGUCAGGAGGACGGUUUGCUUUCGGGAUCGUACAGACUGUUGUAAACAUCCAUUUUAUAUUAAAGUGAGAAACUGUGGAUAUUUCUAUGUUUACCAACUAACGUCACGAACAUCCUGCAGCCAACGCUAUUGUAGCACUGACUGAUAAUUAUGCUAGGAUCAACCACAGAAAGGUCUAAAAAUAACAGAGACUAAGUGAAGAGGGGGUAGGAAGGAAGGAGGUGGUAUCGUAAUUUGAUCUCAAUCAUUGAUAAAGACUCAAUAACGUCAACUCAGAAGGAUCUAAUCAAAGAUAAAUGGAUAGAAAAGAAAAAUUCCUAAGAAAGAUGGAAGAGCGGCCCCACUUUAAACUUGCCAUUGUAGAUCAUCGUCUAAAGGGUAGAGUUAGCUUUACUAAACAGCAAUCCAGGUUGUUAAAGUCCAAAAUGGCGGAGAGCACAUGAUUAUACUUCUCAAAUGACUGUCUUAAUCCAAAGUGAUAUAAUUUAUAGCACAUAAUCUAGCCAGGGAAAAUUCUUUAUCAUCUUUCCUUUAAGUACUGAGUUACCAGGGGCGCUCUCCUCUCCCUUCUUGAACGCAACCGGUUAACAAACAGCAUCUAUCCUAGAGCAAAUGUGUAAGUUUUGCAUUUCGACGUUCAACCAUUGUGGCACAAUUAAAGGAGGAGAAGGCUGGGUGAAUAAGGCUCUCUUGUGUUUCAGUAUUUUGAGAAUUUGAACAUCACUGGAUAGACUUGUGCAAAUAAGGCUUUGAAACAAAUUUAUCGGUUGUUCCUAGCCUGUUACAUACGCUGUUGAGGAACCUUAAAUUUCAUCAAAUCGUAGUAAACUUAUUAGUUUAAAUUAUGGGUCAACACGCAUUCCUUGACCGAAUAUUCGCCACCAAGAGUUUGAGAAUAUCCCUAGUAAGAUUUUCUUGCGGAUUAUUUCCUAAAAUUAGGGGGAAGCAAAUUGUGUUGUUCAUAAUGCUACGAGAAGGGUAUUUUCGAUUUUCAAAUGUAGGCUUUUUAUGAACACGCUGUCAGAAAGAAAAUUUGUCAAAAUAAUUACGGGAUGGUGAACCUUUAACUGAAACAUUGGGCCUGUUGUGGUUCUUUACAUGGACAAUACACGGCGAAUUCUUGAAAGAGUUCGUCGAGGGUAAAUUUUGAUUAAAGUUUUCCGUUAAAAUGUGUAAGUUGUAAUAAAAAAGACCACAUUUCGAUGUUUACUUAACGUCAUUAUAAAGUCAGUACAAAAAACUUAAUAUACAUUGUAUGAACACAAUAUAAAAAGUAAAACAAUCAGUAAAUAAUCAUAUCAAGAAGAAGAAAAAAUUUAAGUGUUAACUUUGGUCUCAAUUCCUAAUGAGGAGAAUUUAAAAAAUCAGGCAGUCAAUCUUUGAUCAUGUUGUUUAAUGCGUUGCUAUAGAUGUCGAGGCGUGUAUAUUUUGCGUCGGUAGUUUACGGUUUUUUUGUACUGUUUUUUGGUCAAAUCAUAUCUCAAACUUAUUUUUUUGAGGAUUGCAGCUCAAUUACUAGAUUUAGGCAAACAAGAAAGACGAGUUAUUAAUGUUAUCAACAGAAUCGUCCAGAUGAGUUUCCCCCGCAGUAAUUCUUGUAAAUAGUAAAUACUGAAUAUUUAGCUAAAGGUUUAGUUUAAUGUAACAAUAGUGUAGCAGAAUACGUUGGGCAAAUGUUGCCCAGAGCAACUACCUUAAUCUUAAUGAAUUUUAAGUUGUCCACAUCUAAGGCACAACCUGUAUGUCUGAAGAAUUUUUAUCUGGCUCUUAAUCAUUAUUGCUUCUGAAGAUAUUUUGCCUCCAUAUCUUAUUAAAACAUUUCAUUUCAAAUAUUAUGUUUACUAAUUAUGGCCGGAACGAAGCCAUGAUUAAUUAGGAAAUAUGUAAGAUCAUGCAGAAUUAGUUUUUUAAAGAUAUUAUCAAAGAUAUGGAGCUUGUAUUAGACCCGGUUCUCAAAACUCCGAAUGUUGAACUACGGAUGAACUUCCCUUGUUUAAUAAUAAAUGAGAAUCAACUGACAAUCAUGAAAAUAUUCCCUUAAAUAGCACUUUAAAUCUUCUAUUUUGGAAAAAAUACAAAUUCCAGAUGCGAGAAUAUUAAAAACAAAAGACAGGAAAAUAACACGAAAGGAAAAAAUUAAAAAAACCGCUCAAACUUGCGAAAAAAUCUGAUUUUGUGGUUGGUUUGUGACGUUUCGUUCAUGCCAGGAGUCUCAUCAGACAAUUUUCGGAAUGAUCAAACAAACUUGUUGAGGUAACUUAAGAAGCGCCCCUUUCGACUAAUCGCCAAAGUGCCCAUCCUACAAAUAAGUGCCCUCUCCCCCUCCAAGUUUUAGCCGAAAUUUUCAAUAAGUGCCCAAGCGCUCAUUGAAAAUGUCUAAAUAUUUCAAUGAUUGAACUACAGACAAUAUCGCCUGAGGAACUAAACAUGUAUCUUGCGGAGUAUAUUCACUCUUUUCAAGACAGAGAAGAUUAGGAACCCUCAGGCUUAACAUGACUUGUUAUCGAAAAAGGAAAUUUAUAUGGUUUUUACCUUUCAUGAUCGAUUUGUAAAUCAUUGUCUGUUUGACAAUUAAUUGUUAUAAAAGAGGAAUUUACUCUUCUUAUGUACAUGUAAACUAUAUAAUAAAUCUAAUACAUCACGUAAAGUCUGUCCGUAAGGUGUGUAAAGAAUCGUUGCUUUAUAUCAAAAAUCUUUCUCGUUUGCUGCGUUCACUCCCACUGUUGUGGUUCUUUUUUAAAAGAACAGGAGGCGUAGAUUGUAAGACACACACACGUUUUAUUCCAAAGCAAGAAGAACACUAAACUAAAUCACACGUAAAUAAUGAUCAAUGCUUAUAUUUUAUAUGCGGUGACCAAGGUACUAAUAUGAUGACCGCUGGCCGGAAGCGGAGGCCAGCCAACAUUACGACACUCUCGAUUUCGGAUACUACGAGCUCGUGCGUAAAUACCAUACAGACAGACUUUGCAUGAAUUAUUCUAUAUCUAUAUCAUUUGUACUACCAGAUAUCGAUGAGUGCCUUAGUGGCAGCCAUGCUUGUGACGUGACUGCAAACUGUACCAACACUGACGGCUCUCACAACUGCACUUGUAAGAAAGGAUACACUGGGGAUGGACAGUCAUGCCAAGAUAUAAUCACUGCAUUAGACUUAGCAAGUAGAAAAAAAAAGCUAUUUCCUCAAAAACUUAGAAAUCUUAUAAUUUGCUUCUGUCGAGCAACGUUUUGGCAAUUCAUUUUUGUUCUCAGAUAUCGAUGAGUGUAGCGAUGGCAACCAUGUUUGCGAUGUUAAUUCAAACUGUAACAACACAGAUGGUUCUCAUAUUUGUACAUGCAAGGAAGGAUACACUGGAGAUGCUGGAGAUGGACAGUCAUGUCAAGGUGAAUAAGAGUAGCCUACACUAUUUAAAACAAGCAACUUUGCACAUAAACAAUUGCCCAAGGAAAUUAGCCCUCAUUUUAGAGACCUGUUGUCACACACCACUCUCGUAUUUCUAUUACCAUACUUUUUGUAUAUCACUUAUGCUUCUAGAUAUCGACGAAUGCAACAAUGGAAGCCAUGAUUGUGACGUAAAUGCGAAUUGUACAAACACUAAUGAUUCCCAUAGCUGCACCUGUAAGGAAGGAUUCACUGGAAAAGGAGAGUCGUGCCAAGGUAAAAUUAGAUUAUACUUUAAAAAAAAAGCAGAAUAACUGCUCAUCACAAAUAAUUGCCUUGUUAUCCAACAAACUGGCUGAAGAAUUUUUUUCUCUAUUCAGUUACACAUUGCAAAUCUAUUGUGUUCACAGAUAUUAAUGAAUGCAACGAUGAUGUUUGUGAUUCUAAUGCUAACUGUACCAACACUAAUGGUUUACAUAAUUGUAUUUGUAAGGAAGGAUACAUUGGAGAUGGACAGUCUUGCCAAUGUAUAUUAGAAGAGCGAUAACUUAUGUCGAGCAAAACACCUUUCCAUUACCAGUAUUGUCUUCGUAACUAGGCUAAUGAUCAAGAGGCAGCGCAAUGGUUUUCACGACCCUACCUCGUAUUUCUAUUAAGUUACGGAUAUCAUAAUAUGCAUAGAUACACAGUUUUCGCUGGUUUAAAAUAUAAUGCGUGCGGCUAUUUUACGAGUUGCUUAGAGUGUUUCCGAGCCCAGAAGGAACGAGGAUAAAAGAAGGCAAUGAGCAAGAUUUCUUCUCUUACCAUUGAAUAAGAGAUACAUCAUUCCACUAUUAUUCGGAAUAUUUUUCUCGAAUAUACGGCCACGCUCGAAUAACCACCCCCACCCUACCCUUCUCCUCCCUCACUUUUUUAAAUAGUAUAGAUACAAGGAAAAUCUGUUUCUAUUGCCACACUUUUUUAUAUAACUUUUUAACCUUCAACAACAGCGCAAUCUGUACAGCAGAAUAAUUUAUUUUCCAUCCGAAAAUAUUUUCUAUGUUCAUGUGGUUACAGAGUUCCUUUAUGUAUUGUCGAUUUAUUUUAUGUCCUAUUGCUGAGGUAACUUAACAAGCGCCCCUCUGGACUAGUCGACGAAACACCCACCUUAAAAAUAAGUGCCCCCUCCAUCUCCCCAGUUUUAGCCGAAAUUUUCAAUAAGCGCCCACGCGCUUAUUUUAAUAAUUGAAGUACACACAAUACCGCCAAAGGAACUAAACAUAUAUCUUGCGGAGUUUAGUCACUCUUUUAAACUUAAAGACAGAGAAGAUUAUGAACCCUCACGUUUAACAUGCCUUGUUUAAAGUAUUGAGAGCUAGUUUUUUUAAUUAUAUUUUUUUUUCUUGGUGUCAGUGUGUUGCAUUAUUUCUAUCGAGAAGGGAAAUUUAUAUGGUUUAUAUCUUUCAUGAUCGACUUAUAAACCACUGACUUAAGUCUGUUGAACAAUUAACUGUCAUUAAAGAGGACUUUUCUCUCCUUCUGUACAUGUUAACUAGAUAAUAAACCUAGUACUCACGUACAGUCUGUCCGUACGGUAUGUAAACAAUCGUUGGUUUACAUCACAAAUCUUACUCGUUUACCGCGUUCACUCGCUCGACUUUCGAUACUACGAGCUCGUGCGUAAAUAUCAUACAGACAGACUAUGCAUGAUUUAUUCUAUAUCUAUAUCAUUUGUACUACUAGAUAUCAAUGAAUGCCUUAGUAGAAGCCAUGCUUGUGACGUGACUGCGAAUUGUACCAACACUGAUGGCUCCUAUAAUUGCACCUGUAAGGAAGGAUACACUGGGGACGGACAGUCAUGCCACGGUAUAUUAGAUUAGACUUAGCUAGCAUCAUACAAAGCUACUUUCAACAAUAUCCAGGGCCUGCCCUUAAAUUUCCGUACAUGAAAAGAUGCAAUGUGAUUUACAACCUCAGACAUGGCAAGUGGAGUCAAAUCCAAAAGUGAACAACAUUUACGUGUAGAAUCGUUACUCUUCUGGCCAAAUCCAGUCCUUCGAAUGCGAUCCAUCUAGUGGCUAUGUAUGCAUUUACCUCCAUAUGGUGUAUUAUGUCGAUCAGUAUUGAACCGAGACAUGAGAAGUAGCUUUUUUCACAAGCUAGAAACUGUACUUAGCAAACGUAAGUUAACUAAGUCUGGUGGCUGGAAUGUAUUUGUGUACAAAAGAAAAACUGAUGUUGAGCUAAGUUCUCGAAUGAAAAAUUGCAAGAUUUUUGAUUCACGAUGUGCGAAAUGUUUGACAUGCAUACUUCUUUAUGAAAAUACUGCGCUAAAAAGUUUCUGUCUUUCUUGCACUGUCUCCACACUGGACGCUUACUACAUUGCUGAUACUAAAAGCUUGACGGGUGCCAGAUAUAACUCGGUCCUAACUUGUUCUUUACUCGUUACAAAUCUUUACCAUAUCUCUCAACUGAGGACGUUCUCUUCUAGACGUUGACGAGUGUAGUGAGGUUCAUGGCGUCAAAAUGAACGACUGCCAUCCUAAUGCCUCAUGCGUUAAUACCCAGGGCUCAUACAACUGCUCUUGCAAUCCUACCUAUAUUGGGAAUGGUUCUAUAUGUGAAGGUAAGUUUGUUAUUUUUAGGCUUCACAACUUUGUAACUCGAUAAUAUAUGUCUUGUUGAAUGUUACGAAACAGUGCGCAAAGUUGAUAAUACAAAUAUUUGACAAGGGGAAGCAUAAAUCCUUGUCAUCUUAUACGCGAAAUUACUGUAACUCUUGAUUCGAUGCGAACUUAAAUCAUCUUUAACCUAUUUUGGGAGUGAGGGGAGGGGAUAGCUUGGGCAUUUGUUCUUGUUUUGACUGGCAAAGUUUUGGACUAAAUUAUAUGCCUAAUAAAAAUAAUUUACCGUCCGUAAAACUCACAAAACUAUGAAAGUUUCCAACCUUAAUGCUACGUUAUUAUUAAAAGAGCGAUGAAAAUUUCUCCUCGUUAAGGUAAUUUAACUUUGUAGGCGAUCCGUGUUAAAAAUGAAAAAAAACUGAGUGAUGUCAUUAGAAAGAGCAGUUACUAAACACCGGUACACGGACUAGCCUCUUUAUCAAGGGUGGUGGGGGUGGUUAAGGCAUUUAUCUUUGACUGGAAAAGUUUUGAAUUAAAUCAUACAUGUUACUCACCAGAGAACUCACGAAACUUGCAUUAGUCCUAAAUUCUGCGGGUUUCUUGAGGCUUCGUCAUUGUGAAAAAAAAAAGUGAAAAUUUCUUCCGUUAUCCUUAUAAUUAUCAUUUAACUUUAAUUUCUACAAUAUUUUUCGUACACUUAGAAACUUAGGACCUUUACUCCUUUCGAAUGAAUGUCUUUCAUUUUUCUCUUUUUAUUUUUUUCGUUUCUGUAUAUUUCCAGUGUAAUUUAACUAAGAAAUAUAAGAAAUUGGAAAUCAAAAUGAUGGUGAGGUGAAAGUGUCUCUAGCCUCAAAUGAUUCCUUUGAGCUACAUUGCGAUUAAAAUAACAGCGAAAUUUCCCUUUCACAAUUAUUAUUCAACUUUUUAGCCGAUCCAUGUUAUAAUUACCGCAACCUAAGUGAUGCUAACAGAAAAAGCAAUUACGCCACACCGCUCUCUGGUCCAGUAAUUUGUGAUUACUCACUCCUCGAGGGAUGGUAUCGUUUUGUGGGAGCUGCUGGGACAAAAAUGCCAACAACGCGUGUGCCAGCAUACAGAUGUGGUACGGACUGGUCAGGCUGGUUGGAUGGUGCUCAUCCAACAGUGGAAGUUAGUGAAGUUUCCAGGAAGGUCUGCUUUAGCGAUCGUUCCUCCGGUUGCAAAUACUCAAACACAAUUUCAGUUAAAAAUUGUGGCUCAUUUUACAUCUACAAACUUGCUCAGCCCCCUGGUUGUGAUUCACGCUACUGCAGCACGGACUAAAUCUGGGUCUAUUAAACUUACAAAAUGAGAUACGUCAUAAAUAGAUUCUUGUGAACAACGUACUUUACGACUUGCAUAUUGGCAAAAUUUUACGCCGAACUGUUAAAUGCUAUUAUUAUUAAAAGUUCUAAUGAUUGUGGGUAUCAAUUAUUAUUUAAAUCAUUUACGAAGACUUCUUGCCUGAAAAAAUAAUAAGUGAAAACUGUCAAAUCCACCUAACUUUCCAUAACCUUCUACACUGUUUCAUAGCGUUUUACAUUUUUGACAAGUAGCUUUAUUAUUUCAUCAAGAGUUCUAUCACUAUUGGAUGAAUUAUCCUAUUGCAAUGAUGGGAUGAACGAGCACUUUCCUUAAAAAAAAUCAAGUAUGAAAAAAAAAAAAAAAAAAAGAACAGUUAGUACGUAGACAAAUAGGAUCUCUCUACAUAAAAAAAUUUGCUUAGUCAUACGCGUGUAACUUGCGUCUCUGUGCUUCGAAAUAAACUGACCAAAUAACUCGCCUUAGUGUUAUAACAUUAGUUACGAAGACUUUUGUCGACAAAUUAAGUAUUACAGAAGAAAAAAAUAGAGAGGUCGAAGACAAACAAGUUUGUAGAAUAUUCAUUUCGAAUGCCUAAGUCCAGCAACUUUAGAGAUAAUAGCUGAGCAGGGAAGUCUAGAAUGUUAUUGUUACGUAUUGAAAAAUAUAUUGAAUGAAGUAUUUGACUUUGUACCACCUCGAAAAAUUACGACUCGAGGAUACGGGAUAAAAGGUCACUGGGAUAUUUAAUUUUUUAAUCACAGCACCUUCUGUGUUUAAGGAGUUAAAAAAUGUUUCGUUCUCCCGUUCCCCCGUUCUCCUGUUCCUCCCUGUUCUCCCGUUCUCCCGUUCUCUUACUCCUCCCUGUUCUCCCGUUCUCCCGCCCUGCCGCCCUCCUGCCCUGCCGCCCUCCCGCCCUGCCGCCCUCCCGCCCUGCCGCCCUCCCGCCCUGCCGCCCUGCCGCCCUCCCGCCCUCCUGCUCUCCCGCUCUCCCGUUCCCCCCAUUCCUCCGCUUCUCCGUUCUCCUGUUCUCCUUUCCUCGUUCUCCGAUCCUUGUUUUCCGUUCCUCGUUCUCCAUUCCUCCUUCUCCGUUCCCCGUUCUCCGUUCCUCCUACUCCGUUUCCCAUUCUCCGUUCCUCGUUCUCCGUUUUUCGCUCUCCGUUCCCUGCUCUAAGUUUACCGUUCCCUGUUUCCCCGCUCCUCGAACUUUGUUGCCCGUUCUUCGUUCCUUGUCGGAGUAACAUCCUACUACUGCUAUGAUACAACAGUGGUCAUUUCAAACAGCGAUUUCCGAAACAUCUCAGUGCCGUGAGCACUCUUAUAGGAAAAAAGAAUCUUUGUAUUCUUAGAAUUACCCUCGACCGAAAAAAAGUUUCAGACUGGUUUAUACCCGGGGGAGUUAACUGGUGAGCUGUUGCGAAUCCUGUCAGCUAUAAGGGUGCAACAGAAGAAAAAAAAAGAUCAAAGUUCAUAGCUUAGUCUCUCCUUCGAAAGUUUAAGGCAAGUUUUAUGUGCAUUAGGAAAGUUGGUAUAAUCGAGAUAAAAAGUGAAGGAUGCAAUGCGAUUCACUGUUUCACGAGUAAAAAUAUUUUCUUGAUUAAUUUGUAUUUCUGUUUUCAUGUGUACGAUAGAAUACCAGGAAAAUGAAAUUAAAGAGCCCGAUGAAAUAUUUCAAGAAAGUCAGCCGGUCAGCCGUGCGCCCACAUAAAGUGUUCUUGAUUUGGUUGAUCAUGGCAAAAGGAAUUUUUGUUUUUGUCGUAAGUUCUGGUUUUGUUUGUUUGGUUUUUUUAAUUUUCUCGUUAAAGCCAAUGUCAAAUUUUAAUAGAUUUUUAGCUUAGCAGUCGAUUCGUGCCCAGCUCGGACCUCUACUCACGAUAUUUUAGUAUUAUCUAUCGAGUUGAUAACGUAAAUUAGCCACCGUGAAGAGUUAAAAAGCAUUUCGAGCGUUAGGCCUACGUCCAAUCGCUCUGACGAAGGGCUAACGCCCGAAACGUCAGUUUUUUAACUCUUUGCGGUGGCCAAUUUACGUUAUCAAGUUAGUUGAUAAUACUUAAUUACCCUGUUUUACUCUCCACCGACGCAGCACCACAGUUUCUUUGGAAACUUAACCCCUUGCAGAGAAUUAAGGUAAGACUUAAGCUAAAGUAAGACCGGUUUUUAGUGUUAAAUAGCAAUAUAAUCAUUUUGGAUCAGAAUGAGAAUUAUUAAAUGUACCAAAUGUAAUAAAAUAUGUCAUCUAGAAUGUAACGAGGACACACUCUCAAAUGUAAUCAACUGACACUUUUAAAUACAGUUCCAUUUAAGCCUUAAACCUGAGUUCACGCGACAAGGUAAUGUCGUUAAUAAGAAAGCCCGACUAAAAAUCAUCCACAAUGAGUCUUGGCGCUCUCACAUGAUAGUUAAAUCACAUAAAUAACACCGCUAGCUGAAGAAUCACGUUAUGUCACCGCGUUUAUUGCGCCUCGUGGUUGUUACAGAUUGAAGCGAACUCCCUUCGGUCUAAGCGACGCGAGCUAAGCCUUUCAGAGGACGAUGGACAAAAUUUUGUUUUGCGUCCAGGAUAUCCACAUUUCAGUCAAUGACGUAAUAAUUUAUGGCAAGACCACGGCCCAACUGGCUCAGCGGGCCCGCAUGAUUUUUUAAUCGAAAUCGCAAGUGUGAAUUUGGGGCUGAGCAAAUUUAAAUUUUAGGCCUUGCUGUCUCUGAAAAAGGAAUUGAACCUGAUCCAGCCUAAACGGAAGCAACAAAGCUACACCUUCUCCCGACGACGUAUCCGAUCUUCUGUUGUUUCUUGGAACUUGUGGCUAUGUUUCUAAGUUUAUCCCAAAUUAUGCAAACAUAGUCGAACCAUUUCGAAAGCUCACUCGGAAAGAGCAGAAGAGGUCAUAGGGAAAUGAGCAAGCAGAGGCAUAUGAAGCCUUGAAAGAAGCACUGUCUGGCGCACCAGCCUUGGCUUGCACGCGACCUGCAUAUUGCUAGGAUCAGCAAUGUCGAAAGCGUAAUGUUUAACGUAACAUUACGCUUUCGACAUGACUGAUCCUAGCAGUAUGCAGGACGCGUGUCAUAUGAAAUUCGUAAUAGACUUCGCUCACCGUGGAGUCUCUGUGGCUGAGGGGUUAGAGCAUCGGAGCGCGGAAUCCGAAGGUCUGAGGUUCGAUUCCUCAUGGAGACUCAGAAUUGUUUCUUUGUCCCACCCUCGUGACAAGACGAAAAAAAAUCUUUCUCACAUAAGAUUUGUUUUCACAUGUCAGAACUUCAGGUUGUCACCCUCUCUGAAAUGCGCUCCGAAACCAGCAAUAACAUCACGCUGUCCUAAUUACUUCAUUACAAAUUCAAUGCGGAAAAUGGUCGCUGACGGAUGAUCUCAAACCGUAUAGUGCAAUAAGAGACGAAUUGUCUAAUUUCAAAGGAAUUGUUCUCGGAGGAAACAGAAUUGUUGUGCCACAGUCGUUGCGGAAAAAAAUUCUGAAAUUAGCAUACGAGGCCCAUCAGGGAAUCGUCAAGACUAAAAAAUUCUACGAACUUGUCUUUUAUUGGCCUGGUAGGGAUGAUACAACAGAGACUGUGGUGAAGAAUUGUCAAGCGUGCGUUGUUAAUCAGCCUCUUAAUAAGUACACGCCGCUUCAACCAAACCUUUACCUCGUGGUCCUUGAGUAAAAGGUCCACUGGAUCUCGUUGGUCCAAUCGAUGGAAAAUCCAUUUUGACUUAUAUCGAUUAUUAUGCUUUUGUUCAAUCGCGAACUUCGAACCAAACAGCAUUAUCGGCACUCGAUCGCGAACACUGGUCAAAAUGCAAUUUGUAGCAAACGCGUUAGAAGGCAUAUCACGACAGCAGGCAACAUACAGAACCGCAUAAUUCAGAUAUUGGCGAUCUCGUAUUUUGUGUCAACAUGAAGCCAGACGAACUAGAUUCAAAUUUCUCUGCGGCCAAGCUCGUAAUUAUUGAGACCAAAGCAAGAGACACCUUUGGUUUAGUCAAUGUGGACACGGUUACCACUUUGAGACGCGAUGCGAAGUUCUGUUGCGAACUGCUAUCUACUAUAGUCAUCCGAUCCUGCUUCACCCUGCGAAGUCUACCAACCAGGGAUCGUUUAGCAGGGAUAAUAAGAGAGUAGCUAAGAGUUUAAUCGUUUAUUUACCUCGGUUGGAAAGCCCACUGUUGAUAAAAUAAUUCAUUGGCUUUGUCGAUAUAAUUUCGACCUCUCAAAGCCAGCUUUGUUCCAUCGAAACACCCAGAGGCCAAUUAAUUCAAUUUUAAGAGAGUGGAAUGCUCACAAGUCGCACAAGUUGUUCGUUCAAUGUCAUUAAACAAGUCGCCUGGGAUUGAUAAACUCCCUACUUGCGUGAUUAAAGACAGCCUCCCCGCUAUCCUGCUGGUUAUUAAAAUCAGUAAUAAACGCUUCGCCUACUAGCGACAUUUUUCCGCGUGCUAGGAAGAUUGCUGAGGUUCAAGUUCACCGAUCUUAAAAGAUGGCGACCACGAGGGACCAAACAAUAAAAGACCCGUCUCUCUUGCCCAUUCUGUGGAAGAUAUGUGAGAGAAUUGCUCUCGGUCAGAUCGUGCCUUAUCUAGAGUCGAAUAAAAGAUAAUCCGGCUACGCCGCAGAGUGGUAACAAGAAACAACGCUCAAGAAAGACUUCACUAAUAAGUACUACUAAAACCAUCCUAAGCGGCAUGGACAAAAAGAAAGUAAGUCCGGUUGUGUUAUUGGAUAUAAGUAAGGCAUUUGACAGCAUAAACCAUGAAAUUCUGCUGAAUAAAUUUCAGGACGUUAGCUUUUCACCCUUUCACAUCACUUGGUUUAACAAUUAUUUAUGUGAAAGACAUCAAGUCAUCCGUGUAAAUAAUGAACUAUCAGAACUAUCUACCCGUGGAAAGUGGCGUCCCACAAGGCAGUAUCCUACGGCCUAUCCUACUUAGUAUCUACGUGAACGAUCUAUCAUCUGUAUUCCGGCAUUGUUUAUCUGAAAACUACUUCUCUGUUAUUAAUGGUGAUUUCCUCAGAAUUCUAAAUUGGUGCUUCGAUAAUCGUCUUCUUCUAAACCGACAGAAAAGACACAGCUCGUGCUAUACCGAAGUCGCCAAAUACUCUCUAACAUCCCUGACGUCCGUUUGUCGUUUUUGGGGAAAGAUCUUAUACCCGCAAAAGCCGUUAAAGAUCUUAGCCUUACACUUGAUCUGAACCUCACAAUUUAGAAUCACAGCCUUAAAACUAUUUCGUCCUGUAUGCCCAGCCUUGCUCAAAUCAGUCGUGUUAAGCAUAUGUUUGAUAAAAAUACUCUAAUGACAAUUAUUAAAGCCCUCGAAUUCAGUAAACUGUUUUGUUGUUCAUCCGUUUUUUCAAAUGCAGCAACUACACAUCUACCUACGCCUCAGGCUGUACAGUACUUCGUCGCCCGGAUCAUCAGCAACACCAGGAAGUUCGAUAACGUAACCCCAAUCUUGAAAGAUUUACGCCGGCGGACAGUUUUGUUAUAGCCGUGAUUUAGACAAUUCUUUUAAGCUGCGUCAAUCUAACUUUAGUUUUAAAAGAAAAUUGAGAGGUUUUACGUAAAUUUUUUACUUCUCAACAUAUUGUAAUUUUAAUCGUGUUUUGUUGUAAUUUUACAGCGACUGUAUUGUAGUUUUUAGAUGAUGAAUACCGAAAAGCCCUCCUAGGGAGUGUUGAUAAAUUUUUUACGGUAUUGUAUUGUAAUUUAAAAGUUGAAAAUUUUUACCAGUAAAUUCUUCUGCGCUCCUCCUCCUUCUUGAGACUCCCCCCACUUCCCAUGCCCUUAGCCAGUUGAUGACUCGCGCUGGGUUGGCGCGAAAAUUAUUCCUGCUGUCGUUUUCUUUCUUUUCAUUUUCUUUUUUAGAGUCCUGCAGUUAGUCGCUAGUUACACAUACAUAACGGGGGUUGAUAAGCUCACAAUAGAGUGCAGAGUUUUGUUUUCGAGGUUUUGAAGAUUUAAAAAGUGUGAACUAAACUUUAGUAAAAAGGAAAAAAGGAAGAAAGGAAGAAAGAGAGAGGGAAGAGGAAAAUGAAAGAAAGCGAGAAAAAAAAAGGGAAAGGGAAGAGAAAACUACAAGGAAAAGAAACCGAGUUCCUAACGUACUGGAAAAUACCUAAAAGUAACAUAUGGCUCGAACAAUCGAGAUUCAAGGUCACGUUUAUGCAGAAAAUAUCACGCAUGACUACAUCAUUAACAGUUGAAACUGAAACUCGAAACUGAAAGCCACGCCGACGAACAGACUUUUAGAAUCACGAGAGAUGCUGGGUUUACCUUUUUUGGUGAUAAGCUAAAACUUGGAGUGUAGGGAAUCAUCUGCCUGAUGAUUUUUUCACGCAAGUAACUUUGUUUCUCAGCAACUUAAGAGUGAAGUAAAUCCUGCAUCCACCCCUAGAGAUCUCAUAUGACAUGGAGUCGUCAGAAAACUAGUCUAUCUCUUUGGAUCAUAUCCAUUCAGAAACCUGCAAAUCUUGGAGAACAACUCUCCAUUAUGGAAAGCAGAGGUCUAUUGACAGCUGCCGAUCGUUCUUCUAGAUCCUGCCGAAGAGUUAUGGUCAUUCUUGUUGCUAUUGCAAUGGCAAUUUCUGCAAUUAUCGCGGCAGUGUUCAUUGGAAAAUACGUUUCGGAAUACCUUAGGGUUGAUAACAGGAAAGGUAAGUAUCAGAUGUCACUCAAUUUUUGCUAUUUAUUCAGAAGUCAAAGAUAAAAAAACAACAUAUCUGAACAAAAGAGAGAAGUUGGUCGAGAUUUCAGCACAUCGAUGUGUCAUUGUCGAUGUCCUCAGUAGUAGAAAGUAAUCAUCUCAUUUUCACGUAAAGCUAAAAGUUAGCGGACAAAAUUAAUCAAUCGAUAUAUGGACAAGACGAUAAAGUAAGUAUUCAGUGUGAUCGUGUAAAUGAUAAGCAUUAAAGAAGGAAACAUGUAGGAGUACUUUCGUCCGCGUUGUCCAAACCCCGCCAGAUUUAUUUUUCAAAUUCGAUAUCAAAAGCUUCGUAAAUUUAAAAAUACAAAUUCUACAAAAAAGUCGUAAAGCUGGCGUUUUUGUCCUCUCAUCAAUGUUAGGUUAAGAGCGAUAAGUUUUAAAUGUGCUUUGAAAAUCAAAGAGGCAAGCGAUCCGUUGACAGAACAUGCACGAGCACAUAAGUAGCUGCGAGGCUACUUAAGAGCAUCCCAGACUUAAGACUUAAGACUUAAGAGCAUUCUAGCGGAAAAUUUCAAUUGCAUAACGUUAUCUGCCUUUUUUAAUUACUCAGUGGGUACCCAGGGUGCGUCUCUUACAACAGUGAAGUAGGCUCCUGAAUACAACCAAAAGUUACAAAAUGGCCUAUAAUAAGCAGAUAACUAUUGUUCCAGUUAUUUUCUUUACACACAGUUUCAUCAGUUACCUUUAGAUUAGUAAUAAAUCAGUCCUUUUAUGGAGCCUUUUUUUUCUUAAAAUAAUAAACAGCACUGCACGAAAUGAAACUUGAACUAAAAACUUCUUUCAUGCUCCUACGCUUCUUAUCUGACAGCAGCAGGAGUUUAUAAAAGUAGGCAAAUAAGCUUGCUCAGAUACACAUGGUUAAUAAUAUGUCUAAUUUCGACUUCUAAUCAAAGAGUGAAGCAAAAGUGUGACAAAAGUGUUGUAAAUGCGUGACAAGAGUAUAAGAAUAAGAGUGCGUAUUUCAUGAUGGUGGUAACAGAUUAAGAACUAAAUCUACGUGAGUUCUUGUAAGUUUUGUAUACGAAUUUCGGUUUUUGAGUCCAUGCUGUUUUGAUGUAGGAGGCAGAAAUAGCAGCUAUAAUUUCACUUUAAUGGUGUCUUCAAUUGUAGGGUGUCACGAUGACAAAUGGCAAGUUUACUAGAAUAAUUUGCUUUUCCUUGUGUAGGCCAGAAAGGAGAUUUUGUUUUGAUAUUUUGUUUUCUUUAACUCUAGAUUGCACUGAAUUAUAAGUUCUUCGGACAACAAUCAGGCCAAAACGAUGUCAUAUUUCCUUCCAGGGUAAAAGUUAAAAUGAAUGUUUUCACGCUCUUGUGUUGUUCCUCUAUUAAGCUACCAUUUUCAACAUUACUCGUGUCCCCAGGCAUCGACGAGUGGAGCACUGGAAGCUAUGUAUGUGACAUAAAUGUGAACUGUACUAACACUGACGACUCUUAUAUCUGCGCCUGUAAGGAAGGAUACACUGGAGACGGGAAUUCAUGCCAAGGUAUAAUCAUUGCAUUUGACCUGGCAAAUAGCAGAAUGAAGUUUCCUACAAAUAAUAGAAAAACUCUUUCCAUUAAAACUUAGAAAUUUGAUGAUUUUCUCUCUGUCAAGUAACGUUUUGGCAAUUCAUUUUUGUUCACAGAUGUCAAUGAGUGUAGCGAUGGCAACCAUGUUUGCCAUGUUAAUUCGAACUGUAACAACACAAAUAGUUCUCAUAUUUGUACCUGCAAAGAAGGAUACGCUGGAGAUUGA